GGCAGAGCUCCCAGAGAACCAGGGCUCCGCCAUCUUCACAUUGCAAUUAGAGAGAGCUCAUCAGCACUGCGCUGGACCAGCCAGUCCUCUUCUUAGGGUGCCAACCGCACUGCUGGGCAUAUCAUACCAGGGCAGUGCCAGGCUUGCUGCACCAAGGAGACACUCUCUGGCAAGCCUUGACACCCAGCAGGGUCAGCUCCUCUCUCUCUCUCACUCUCUCUUUUUUGGGCAUUUUUAUUUUUUUUUGAGAAAUAUUUUUUAUCAUUAUUAUUAUUAAUAUUAUUCUUUUUUUUUGCUUUGCUUUUAUGGGAGAAUUGCCAUUGCCUUGCACUGUGGACAUUAACACGAGUGGGUGACAGUUCCUAAGUUAAGAAGAGACUAUAGAAGAAGACCUCUGCUUAUUGAUAAGGGGACAUUGCAAUUGAUUUUUUUGUUAUUAUUAUUAUUUUUUCAUUUUUUUUUACUGUUGCAACAUUGUUGCAGCUUUUUGUUUCGUUUGAAUUCUAGAAGACAUCAGAUUUUUUUUUUCAUUUUUUUGAAAGAGGAAAGAAGUACAACGUGGGGGUGAGGAAGAGUCCUGGGUCAGAGCGAGCUCUCUGGGCGAUGCCAGUUUAAAUGCCAGGGCAAUGUCCCGUCGGAAGCAGGGGAAACCUCAGCACUUGUUACAAAGGGAUCUCAUCACAGGUAAGUCAGCUUUGCAUGGGAAACUGUGGGGUAAGUUCCAAGGCAGGCAAUGGGUGAGCUCCCAUCACCCUCCUUGCAGCAUGGGGAGGAAGGAAACGAGGGUGUAGGUGGGGCAGACACCCAUGCUUUUUUUUUUUUAUAAUCAAGGGGUUAAAACGUUUCUUGAGCCUUGUCAGGGUUUGCAAGAUCCAGGCUGCCUUGGAUCAGGUUAACUGGGAAGUGAGGAGAAAGUUGCAAGAACACAUGAGAUACAUAUUGACAAGUAGAAAGUGAAAAGUCAGAGCACAGCAAACACUACUGUAGACUCUGCUAGAUUUUAAGUAAAAUCACUCUCUCCUUACAGCAUCAUGCUUAAUGACACCCAUUAAGCUUGCAUUUAAUUUGCUAAAAAAAAGAAAAUAUAUAUAUAUUUAAAAAAAAAAAAAUACACUUCUCAUCUAUUAAACCAGAUCCCAAUGUCUGCAAAAGAAUUGGGACUGCAGCUUGUCCAGUGCAAUGCUUUGCAGAUUUUAUUUAACUCUGAUGCAAUGCAAUCAUAAUACAUGCAUGCGUUCUGUGCAUCAGUGGGUAGGUUAUGCCAUUAGGUUGAUUCACAUGCAAGCAAGGGGUUAAAUAAUGCACUGGUCACUGAAUGAAUGUAAAUGUAUAGUUUUCUUAAUUUUUUUUCCCUUGGAAAGUUGGUGAUGAGGAAGAUAGGAACUGGGCAGUACAGGCAGAGGGGGAACUAAUGACAAACACAUGGCUAGCAGGGAAAUACAACUGCCUGUCUGUAAAUGGAAAUACAACAUACAAACUGGCAAGGAGGCUCUGGAGGGAGAGAGAAGGAGAGGGGGAGACGUAUAAGGGGGGCCUUGGAUCCAUUUAUUAGGAGGGGAGGGGGACUGCACACACUGAAUGGAGCAUGCAUUUUUUUAGGUUUGUCUGGGGCAAUUUGGGUCUUUACUGACCCAUAUGUGCAGGAUUUGGGCUAUGUUUUGGGUCAUGGGGAGAUGGGCUUGUAGAGUGCAGUAGGAUCACAGCAAAGCUCACAGACUCUUAUUAAGUAACCUGGAAUUUGGAAAGGAUGUCAGUACCUCCCAGACAGGUAUAUUUUGGGGAUUCGGGUAGAAUUCUUAUAAAACAAUUAAACAAAAAAUAAAACCUCAAUUGAACAUAUUACGUGCUAUUACAUUUGCUUGGACUGCAUGAAAGUUGAAAUUUUGUUCUGUAAAUCUAAGGCCAUCUAAGUACUUCUUAGCAAUACCCCACAGCCUUAUAGUUUGUUUAAUUUGGGUCAAUGGGGUUGGAAGUACACCAUGUUCAAAUAUGACAAUUUUUUGUCACCGUAGGUAGCCGGUGACUAUGGGGGUCAUAAUAAAAAUCUAUCAACUAUGCCAAUGGUUUUACAGCAUAUCUUAUGGCGUAGCCUUGCAGACAUAUUCAAGACGCAGUUCGACAUAUCUUCGCAAAUAAGUCACAAUUAUUCGCCAUACGUUUCGUAGUAGCCUUGAAGAAAAAGGCACGACUCAGUGAAGAUAUUUGUUGGUAAAAUAGGUGUUAAAUGCAGGUAACCGGCAACUAAAAUGACUUUCUCAGAAAAAAAAAAAAUGAGCGCAGCAAAGCUUGCAAUCAAAUUAUGGCGGGAGAUUUAUCAGGCAGUGAAAUUAAAAAGACAAAAUGAAAACAGAGGUUAUCAGCGAGACUUUGGCGUGCCGUAGGUGUGUGUUGUUAAGAAUUUAAAUAGUGAAAAUAGCCCAUGGCCCAAUUUUGACACCCUAAUUGGGUGAAGUCUGUGAACUAGUGUAAUUAAAUUAUGGUCACACUGUAGUUAAGAAACAUUUUUUUAUGUUUAUUUGUAUUUAGUAAAAAAAUAAAUUACUUCACCAAUGACAUUUUCUUUGCAAAUUCAGCCAAUCUAAUAGUGUGCAUUUGUUUUAAGAAAUAAUUGAUUAAAUUGAACUUAUUUUUGCUAUUUUUUAAAAAAAGUAUGUUUCCAUUUUUAACAUAAUUUUUUUCGCUGCCUUUUUUAUGUACAUUUAUAUAGAUAAACACACACAUGCACACACGCGACACACACAUACAGACGCACCUAAAUGUGUUAGAGGCACUAUAUGUAUUUGUUAGAAUACAAUAUGAAAGUGAUAGUGGCUGACUUUACUGAGUGCACAUGGUGACUGCUAUGUAAUCCCCCUUACAUCUGACUUUAUUAAUUUAACUUCACCAGCAGAGCAGCCCCUAUAGUGAGCACAGUAAGGGGGGAAAGGUAUUUUUGGGAUAAAAAGGAUGAUCUGGGGAAGAGAAGAUAGUUGAUCUAGCCCUUGAAAACAGGCUGUCUGCCUUAUUGGACUGCACACGGCUUCACCUUAGUCUUCUUUAGCUUUGUUAAUCUCACCCCAUGACCUCCUGAAAAUGCUGUGCAAUAGGUCUCUUCCAAGCCCAGCUAUCAGUAUCCAUUGCACAGCCAGGGAAUGUUGCAUUAAUCUUGGGAAAACCAGGCAAAACUCCCCUCUAUACAAUACCCCUUGUGCAGAGAGCUGGGCUAGGGAUCUGAGGAUCCUGGGAGGGGGAAGGGGCAGUGGGGAAUAUUUAUGGUAGAUUUUAACAAAUUUAAAUAAAUAAAUAUAUAUAGGGAAUAUAUAAGGUUCUCUCCCCUCCCAUGAAUUGCUGGGAGAACAGUCUUAUUUCACUGCUACAGUCCUCUCGUCUGCCAUUCUGUCUCUAUCUGCUUUUUCUCUCUCUUUUUCCCCCUUCCUUAUUUUUGUUUUGUAAGGAUUUGUGGGGGGUUUUAUUUUUUUGAAUGAUUGAAAAUUGGCAUUUUAUUUUUUUUUCUUGAAAAAAGGAGGUGCAUGUUUUAUCGUUAUAAUGGGGGACCCAAUUUUUUUUGCUUGUUUUUGGUCAGGGUUAAGAAAAUGAAUUUAGCACAAAAAAUGGAUGAUAGAUUUUUUUUAUCCCCCCCCACCCCUUAAAAUUAGAAUUACAUGAUUAUACACCGCUGUCUUUCGUACCUUUGGUUGGAAGUUCUCCCACACCAUCAUGUGUAUAAUAUAUGUAUAUAUUCCAUAAGCAGAUACUGCUGAGAAGGAAUUUUAUUGCCAAGCUUUGCCAGCCAAGAUGAGUGUGGAUUUUUGGGGUGCUAUCUGUGUAAUAGAAUGACAUGCAGAGGAUGAAUUAUGCACCCCAUUAAAUGAUUUCCAGCAUAUAUCUACAUGAGGCCUGCAUAUAUUUUUUUGGGGAAAUGGGUGACUAUAAAACUGCUGCAGUGACCCCCCCCGAGUGGAUGCAAAAAAUCAUAGAACAGGUAGGUAUAUUUGGAUGUUUACAUUUUAAUGCUUUUAGGCUCAUUGAUCACUGCAUCUGAUCUGACAUCACUGGCACUAUUUAAAUAUGCAUGAAGUGUAUUAGCAUUUUGCAUAACCCCUUCUCUGCCAGGUUCUGCCUGCUGUGCCUAACACUAUUUACUUACUCUGGCAAUCAAUGGGUUAAGAUAGAUAGCUAGACAGACAUACAGAUAUCUUGCAACAUUUACCAGAUGCCAUUUGACUUAUUCUCAAAACUUAAUGUUUAUGGACUGUGAUGAAAUUCUGUAUAAAUUGUAAAAAUAAAACUGUUAAUGAAAAAGGCAUGCAAGUGGUUAAUGUACAGAGAUAGUGAUGCAGACAUUUGUUGUUUUGCAAGGUACUUGGCAGAAUGUGAUAAGCAGCACUCUAUCCAGCUUGCUAGACUAGCUCUAUGGGAAUAGUUUUAGGGAGUUUGACGAUACAGACAGGUAGCUGCAUGUUUAAUGAUUGCUGGGGAAGAUGCUGUGCCAUUUCAUGGUUACCAGUACAGAGAAGAAACAUGCACCCCUGUUUUGUAAAAGAAAAGCUGGUCUUGUGGUUCCAGCUUUGAAUAUCUCCAAGUGAACCUGGGUUAUAUUCGGUUAUAUGAUUUUGCUAGAAAUUGGUAUCAUGAUGAAUUGAUAUCAUGUCUGUGUAAUGUAUCUAUAAUCGUACAAGGAACAGAAGAGAGAAAUUCUAUCAGGUCAGCUAGUAUGCAGGCUCCAAGGAUGGGCGUCUGCAUACCUUACAACCUAUUCAUGAAUGUCAAGUAAGAGCGAGGUGUAGGGACCCUGUAUGUGAGCAGAAGAAAAUAAAAAAAGGAUCUGGUUAAUGUAACUGAAUACCUUUUCAUUUUUGGGGAGGUUUCAGCUACUGUGCUUUGGGCUGGGGGAGGGUAGAUCAAAAUAGCAAGUCCCUGCAAGGAAUUAAGUUGUUUAACUAAGAAAAGAAAAAUUGUGGGUCAGAUUAGAUCGUCAGCUCUUCUGUCUUGGAAAUCUGUUAUCCAUCGCCCCAUGACCAUUAGCUGUUUCUUUUGAUAGAGGGUGUAAUAUAUGCUACUGCUUCCUUGCCUAUUGUAUUCUACUGUGUGGACUAUGUUGGCACAGGGUAAAUAAACAAGGAUCAGACAGGAAUAUAAACCAGCUACAGUCAUACAAACACACACAACAACAACAACACACAUCACAAGCAACAUGCCAUAGGACUGAUGCAGACAAAAGACUUUUCCUUUCAGCUAAUUGUGCCUCUUACGGGUGCUACAGUAUGCAGAUAAAUAGUUUAUAUCCAGACGUUAUUGUCAGCAACAUGAAAAUAAGGCUUCAGAGGGAGGAUCGAAGAGAGUAGCACGGAUGUUUUAGCAGGAAAAUACCUGCAGAUUUAGUGGACUGAGUCGUCAAACCAGUUUUUAUUGUUUAUUGUUGAAAAGCCUUCUGUAUUUUUUUUUAAAUGUACUAUAGGAAUCUAGUGACAGGCAGAUUUUUCGCAUCAGAUAUCCACUCACUACUUUCUAAGCGUUCAGUGGAUUCGCUCCCAAUCAUAUUAGUCGUAAAAUAACUCUUGCGUCUGUGUGUCUCAGCGACAAUCUUACUUAAGCAUUGUUCUUCCCUGCAGGGACAAAAGUAAAAAAAAAAAAAAGAAUACAAUUCAAGAAAAUUGACUAUUAAAACCCAAUGUAAAUUUGUAUGUUUUGUUUUAUGUGCCGUCACCUAUUUGCAUUAUUUCAUACCGUCAAAGAAGUCGCAGCGGCCUAAUAGUGGCUGCCAUGUUAUCGAUUAAUUUAACUGAUGUGAAAUGCAUGAAUAAUUAGUACACUUUCAAGAUCUGAGCUUUUAAGUUACAAAUGAACGCACAGUUACAGGCCUCUAAACUUUAAACCCAACGACAAUUAAUAUUUGACUAAUAUCCUCGAUGAUUCCAUGAUACAUCAUGCUGAGCUUAAUAUCCGUUAUGACAAGCUUUUGAUACAGUUUUUCAUUUUUGCAUGACAGAUGCAUUUUACAGAAUUGGUGAAAUUCUGUGCUACCCUAAAGACUGCAUGCAUUCUGCUGUAAAAACACAAUUUCUUAAAUCUCUGCUUGUUAGUUAAUAUCUACGUACACUUUAUCUUAACAUCUAGACAAGUUGUAUAGAAUUACAUAAAAUUAGCAUUACGAUUUCAUCAGCUCCAAGUCAGCAGAGUGUUCAUGCAUAUAUAUAUCUAUAUAUAAAUAUAUAGAUAUAUAUAUGCAUUCAUUUUCCCAUGAGAAUGACAGAACAACAUACACCUCUAAAGAAUUUUAUAUUUACGCGUUUGUACAACAAUUAGCUCGCAUGAUUUAAAAGUGACAAUACUGAGUUGUCAGCUGUGUUCUUAUACAUUGAUUGCAAAUCUAUCAUAAAAGCACCUAAUUAAAUUUUUUCCUAAAAAAAACACCUUUGAUUAAAUAGCUAACCCAUUCACUGCCUACAGGUAGCAAAGGGAAAUGUUUAAUUGUCAUCUAACCAAAGGCAUAAAUGAAUCAUACCUGUGAACCAUUUGUUAUGCACAGACAAAAAUGAAUAUAUGAGUGUUUCCUCUCAAUAUUUUGUAAAUUCACUACAGAUUAUCAUUUUAUUUUAUUUUUUUUGUUGUCAGUGUUUUCUUGAGGAGUUUUAAUUGCAGCAGGUUCUACCAGCGGCCAAGCUAAUUGUAAUCUCAUCAUUGUUUACAAGAUUGUGUUUUGUGAUUGUGUGUAUGUGUUCUUUCUUUUUAUCUUUAUCAAACUGUUUUCUUUCUACGUUUAUGUCUGUUAACCAGCUUCUUCUAUUUUACAAGCAUGCUACAGUACAUUUUUUUUUUGGGGGGGGGGGGGGUAGGGUAUUCAUUUUUUUUUGGCCCUAUAAAUUACAGUGGCACGAUAGAGUGUCAUUUCAAAGUGCGCACCAUGCCAGGCGUUGACAGCGUUCUUGAGAAUAAUUAGUUUUUAAUAUAGUGCUUUACAGGGAAGAUUGAUCAGAUAUCAUGCACUAAUAACAAACUCCAUCCAAGACUUCGUUUAUAAGGUGCUUGGUGAUUUAAAAACGUUCCAGUUUUCUACAAUAUGACUUAUAUCUGUUGCUUUUUGCUGUUCUUUAUUUAUUGUUUUUGCGGAUAGUUUUCAAAAUAAACUUUUCUGCCUUUUUCUAUUGAAUUUUUAAGCUUCAACAUCUCAAUUGUGCCCUGAGGCAUUUAACUGACAAACACUUACUGCUAGAGGGAGCCAAUUGCCUGUCUUAUAGGAACAGGCUGCGAAAUUGCUCCAUAGCGUUACUGAACGCACACACUCAUCAUCUGAACUUAUUUACUGGUGCAACAUUUAAAACACAAAGAGAGAAAAUAGACUUGGCAAAUCGUCCAGUGCUAACUUUAUCCGUGAUGCUUUUAAAAUUUGCAAUUAUUCAAUUAUUACAAUUAUGCAAUUAUUAAUCUUUUUGUUUUUCUCUUGAAUUUAAAUUCUAGAUUUGUUUGUAAUUGUCGUCGAUGCACGACUCUUUGCACCACUAAUUUACUGUAGCAGCAAGUGUAUGAUAUAAAGAUUUUUACUCUGAUUAAAUAGGUCAAAUUCAGCAUUUUAUAAACCACAGAUUGACUUUAAAAAAAGAAAUAGAAAAACAUAUGCUGCAAAUAAAUUUUUAAUAUAAAACAGGUACGUUUUUCUUUUUGCUGUUAGCUAAGUAGUUCGAUCAAGGUGUGCAGCACCUUUUUUGCCAUGUUUAGGGUUAAAUGCUCCUAUGUGCUUAUAUCCUAUAUUUUGCCAUGCAGUAGCUAAAUACUGUGUGUAGCUGUUUUGCUGUCAGAGGUUCAUGAGAUUCUAUGCAAAGUUUGUAUCUUAGUCAACAGAAUCUGUAGUUGCGCUUAAAGCUGUGACGCAGAAACCAUGAUGUUGCAGCCCCUUUUUUCGUUGAAACCUAGAUGUGAGCUAGUCUCUUGUGGUUUAGCCCUUAGCGAUAGAUACGCAGUAGAAUUGUCUGUGUCUUCCGUCAUCUUACAUUAGAACUAUACACUUUAUACAGCCACAGAUAAAGGUGUGCUCAUGCGUAUUACUAUAAAGAAAACAUUAUUUUAUAGGUUGGGUAUGCGAGUAAAGAUUGAGAUUGAUAUAAUCCUAUAAAAAUGUUUGGAAGCAUUAGGUUAUCUUAUUGCUAGGGUAUGUGGGUACAGAUAGCGGUUGAUAUAAUUCCGUGAAAAUGAUCCAUUACUGUAUUUUAGAGUAAACGUAUCUGGAUAAGCAUCAGAACUGAUAGAAUCCUAUAAAAUUUUGGAAAAUAAUAAUUUUAUUGUUAGAUGGGUAAGGAUAGUAGUUGAUGUAAUCCCAUGAAAACAUCGGGAAAUACUAUUUAGGUGUUUAUGAAAAAAGAAUGAUUGUGAUGAUGAUAUAUUAUCAUCAUAUUGUUUUUAACAUUGUAUUACUUAGUGUUAUGGUAUGUGGGUAAAGAAGAUAGUUGCGGGAUAAUACCGUGAAGGUAAAACAUUCUUUCGGGGUGAUGUGAAACUAAAUUAGGUAGGACAGAAGAUGGGCUGUCAAGGCUUCUCCAAUCUUAAAUAUGGAAGUUCAGUAUUCCUGUAAUGAGUACACUACUGGAAGUGUGUUACCCUCCCAAAAAAAAAACAGAACAAAACAUAAAACAUAUAAUAUCAACAAAAUGAAAGUCCCUCUCUUCAUUCGUGAAGUGGACGAAAUAUUUUCAAACACAUCCGCUUUUCGCACUUAGUUCCACAAUGUGCAUUAUUCCCUAGAGUAUCCACAAAAUUAUUGUAUUGAUACACUGUGGAAUAACUGAGGAUUUGAUACUGGGACUGCUGGUAAAUCCUUGACACGUUUAACUCUUUCACUCCUAGGGGUGGGUUGCAAUACACCGAAGAGAUCCCUUGGCAGGAUCCGCUAGGCGUUAACUGGUUAAUAGGAAGGGUGGGACGUUUUAAACCAGUUGUGGUUACUGAGGCUUUUUUGGAUAAAAAUGCAGGUGAGAAGAUUUAACAAACUGCCACUUAAGAGAAACUCUAUGCACAUUUUCUUCGGUAAUCCUAAAUGUGUGCAUAUUAAAAUAUAUAUCCUGGAAUUCUAUUUAUUCUAUCCAGCAAGUGAGAGGGUAGAGAAAGUCUUGAUUAAAAUCAUUGCAACCGAAUAUAGUUUAUUUUUAUUUUUUUACUAUAUAUAUUUUUAAAUUAUGUUCUUUUUUUUUGUGCCUGUUUGCUUGUUUUUUUGCGUAAUACAGGAAGAAAUCCAAAAUAUAUUUCUGAAUUCGCCUUUGUUUCUUCCCUUAUAUUUAUAGUUUCAAUAAAGAGAUUUCAAUAAAGUAUAUUUAUAUUUUCAAUAACCGUAGAUAUGUGUUUCAGCACUGAUCACAAACUGCGAGCCUUUUUAAACUGCUUCCCUAUUCACGCUAAAUUAUAAGCCCUCACCAACAGCUAAAUAUGCAUAUUUUUUAAAGCUGUUUAUCUGCUUGCCAGCUAUCUCAUCACCAAAUAUAAAAAAUAAAAAUAAAAAAUCCUGCGGAAGAUUAUGAAAAGUAAAGGGAUAUGUUAUGGUGGUAACAACAAAUAUAUCUUCGUUUUACAGUGAACAAUACAAGCAGAUCGUUUGAAGAAUUUCACCACGUUUGUCAGAAUCUGUGUCUUUUUUCAUGCACAGAAUUUAAAAUAAAAUUUAUACCGAAAGAACAAGUGAGUUUUUGAUCAGUGGUUGCUGUUUUUUAAAGCCUUAAUCAGUCAAGCUAGGAAAGGGGGUGAUGCAUUUUUUUUUUCUGUCAGAACUUGGAAUAUGAACAUGGAAAGUUAGAUAUUGACAUAUUCAGGUAUAUUUACUAAACUCUGAAUUGUACCUAAAAUAGGUCAUUUGAAAAAAAAAAAAUCUCGGCUUUACAGCUUGGCAUUUUUAUUCAGAGUUUACUAGAUUACCGUUAUAAUGUAACACAAGUUUAUUUUGUUGUUUAUUUUUUUUUUUUCAGUUGCUUAAUCUCCACCAAAUUUAAGGUUAUGUAUAUAUUUUUUAAGUAACACAAAAACCUUACUAUUAUUAUUUUGUUUUUAACUAUGGCGUCAUCUAUCCAUAGAUCGCUGGAUAAGACCUCUCCAGUGUUCCAUCUGUUAUCCUUUCUUGAUAUCAGACUGGGCUUUUAUCAUUUAUUUAUUACAUUAUAGUUCUUCUCAUAUUAUACCUUGCAGUUCUUAAUACUGUGAUUGAACAUUUGUCGCUGUUCACAAAUCUAAAAUCUUUCUUUUUUUCCCUUACGCUAAUUUGCAUUUAUCUUUGGCUGUUUCAAAUUACACCAGCUUGCCCAUAAUUGUUUUCUGUUGGUUUUUUUUUUUUUUGCAAAGUUUCUGACUGAAUUUAAUUUCAAGGAAUGAAAACACAAAGCAGAAAGAGAACGUGUGUGAUUUGGUGUGAAUUUUUCUUUUUUUUUGAAGGAAAAUAUGUUUAACAUAACAAAGGAUUUUUUUUUAUUCACUGAAAAAUUAUUAGUUUUUCCGUAACAACUAUAUUACAAAGUAUAGGCUGAAAUAACGUAGUUACAAAAAUCUAAGUCUGGUUGGCUCAAUUUAGCCAAACUAUUCUUCCAACGUCACUUUCUUUGCUUAAAUCAUGUAAGUCAAUUGUCAAGUGACUACAACACGCUAUUUAGAAAUAUCCAUUUUCAAUCUAUAAAUGGAAUCCAAAUGAGCUGCACCAUAAUGCUUAAAUUUUCAAGUUCUUCCAGCAUUUAAAUAGUUCCAAACAUAUUUUUUUUUUCUAAUCGUGUUUAGUAAGCAUAUAAUUUAUUUACUGUCUGUUUGUAUUAAUAUUUUGUAAAAAAUCUGAAAUGAUAUUAAAUGGAAUUGGAUGCACUUAGCUCAGUCACUUGUUACAAUACUGUUGAUGAUCUUCCCAUUGUACAAUGCUGCAGAAUAUGAGUGCUUUAUACAUGAUCACGAGGAAUGGAGAAUCUUCAUAUGCUUAUGUCAUCAUCUGUAGUCAUCAUAGAUUCUCUCACAUUAACACAUUCAGCAUAGCUUUCAAACCAUGUUUAAAGCUUGGUUUUGAAACCAGUAUUGCAUAUUGUAGGCCAUCAUCAUUCUCAGUUAUUUUACAAAAGCAAAUAUACAAAUUGCAAAACUCAAGUAAUGACCAAUACGCAAUCACGCCACAUAUAAGUAUAAUAUAAUUCUUUUUACUACUCACGUGGUACCAAAAAUCAUAUUUGUAAACGGUUUAUUAAAUCUGCAAAGAAAAGUCUAUCCCCGUGCAAAAAACCCAAACAAGUGAAACAGAAAGCUGUAGCUACGUUAAUGACGCAAGAAAUAUGUGCGAAUGAGGAAAAUUGCGCAGGGGUGUGAAAUAUGAAAUCGCUUUGAACAUGCAGUAUGUAGACUUUCCUGGGAGUUACAUGUGAGCGAUAGGCUUGAUAUUGCUAUAAGAGCAGAAUUCUGCUUACGAGUGACAUCUGUUAAAAAACACUGUCUGCUGAGUGCAACCCUGAUUCCAAGAUGUCUUAGGACAGUGUCAAUUGUUCGUUAUCUACGGAAGGGGGAAAUAAAGAAAAGAUGAAACCAUGGUGGGUGGGUGAGAGAUGAUCAUUUUUUUUAGGAGAGUUAGUUGGGUACACCGACUAUUACUAGGGUAAAAAUUACAGUGGUGAGAGUAUUGUAUGACAAAAAUCAUUAGUUUAAAACUACAUGAAAUUACUGAUUGUAUGCUAAGCAGAAUUAUAAUAGGAUCUGGGUUCUAAAAGAUAAUUGGUGUUCUGUAUAAAGAGCUAUCAAACAUGAAUUCCUGACAUUAUAGUACUGAAAUAAAUCAUUAGGUCCCUGGCCCCAUCUCUGUUGAAAUUAAAGGUGAUUUUACUCACAUUUUCCCCCAUGCCGCACCGGUCUUGCCCUGGCUGGGCCCGCCUCCAUAAGUGAGAUCAUCAAUCAUGAUGAUCUCAGUCAAUCCAAUGCUUGCCCUGCGCUAAUCAGCAUCUCCUCAUAAAGAUGCAUUGAAUCAGUGGAACAUUUAGCGCCUCAAUGCAGAGCGUAGAGCUGCUGAACGCCAGUGCUGCAUACUGUGCAGCACUGGAGUAGGAAGCACCUCUAGUAGCCAUCUGAGUGUUUACCAUUAGAGGUGUUACUAGCCAGCAAUGUAAAUACUGUAUUGUCUCUAAAAAGGCAGUGCUUACAGUGCACUGCAGGGACAGGCUAUAGACACCAGAACCACUACAUUAAGCUGUAGUGGUUCCGGUGACUAUAGUGACCCUUUAAGCUGUCCUAAAUUCUUUGCAAGCAGGAAUUUAGAGCAGUCAGCACUAAGUUAAAUAAGAUAUUUUGCGAUUAACUUGGAUAAAUAAUCUGUAACAUUAAUGUAGGAGUAAAAUCAGAAAUGGGAUAAUGACAAGUUAGUUGUUAAACAUUUGUUGUUGCACCAAAAAAAACAACAACAACAAAACGAAGGAGAGGGAGAAUUUAUUGAGAGACAUUCUGGGAAAAAUAUUUGUUAGUGAAGCGGUAUGAUUCCAUUACUGCCUUAAGCUAGUGGGUGAGGAUGCACACUAGACAAUGACUGGCUUGUGAAUGCAUAUCCCUUUAGAUGUAACGAUGAUCGGUUUAAUUCAGAUUCUGAGCAGAAGGUUAAACUGUCUGUUUCAUGAAAAAUAGAAAAAAAGAAAAAACUGCCUGUUUCAUUAGGUCCUGGACAUCUGUACAUUCCAACUGUCUCUGGUCAGUUGUGCAGAGUAAGAGACACAGACUUUGAACAGGCCACUGGAGGGUUUUAUAUUCAGGUCCAGUAAAUCAGGAAGGAUAUUGAGUGUGAAUCCAGAUAAAGGGUUUUCUUGUCCUUUACAUGUAUGUUAGCCUGCCCUGUACAUGUUAGGGCCCAUACAUCAUCCUCUGCUUGUGUAAAUGCACAGUCCCCUAUCACUGUACCUGAAUGAUGGCCUUCUCUUAUACAAGCAUCAUUUCCUGAUCCUGUACAUGCACGAUGGCAUGUUCCUGUACAUGUAUGACAGGCUACUCCUUUACAUGUAUGAUGGCCUUCUCUUAUACAUGCAUAAUUUCCUGCUCCUGUACAUGCAUGAUGGCAUGUCCCUUUACAUGCAUGACAAGCUAUUCCUGUACAUGUAUGAUGGCCUUCUCUUAUACAUGCAUCAUUUCCUGCUCCUGUACAUGCAUGAUGGCAUGUCCCUUUACAUGUAUGACAAGCUAUUCCUGUACAUGUAUGAUGGCCUUCUCUUAUACAUGCAUCAUUUCCUGCUCCUGUACAUGCAUGAUGGCAUGUCCCUUUACAUGUAUGACAAGCUAUUCCUGUACAUGUAUGAUGACCUUCUCUUAUACAUGCAUCAUCCCUAAGACCUUCUCUUAUACAUUCAUGAUGGCAUGUUCCUUUACAUGUAUGACAGGCUAUUCCUGUACAUGUAUGAUGCCUCUCUUCUGUACAUGCAUCAUCCCUUCUUUUCUUGUACACGCAUGAUCCUUAUUCUUGUGCAUGUAUGAUGACCCCCUUGUGUACAGUUAUGUUCUGUUCUUGCUCAUAUAUUCACCUGUUUAAAAAAUUCCAUGAAUUCAAGCGUACAAGCUACUUAUGCAUAUGAUUCCACAGGAUUUUGUUAUACAGUGUUAUGGCAUUAGAAUACUGUUUAAUCAAUAAGACAUUUCUUGUGCUAUCGUGUAACUGAGAGUCCUGAGAUAUUUACAUUCAGAGGAUUAAGGACUUUUCAGUAUGCAAAAGGUUAAUGGCACCUGGAAUUAGCAAAACCACGGCUGUCCUAAAUGGCUUUCACAUCAUUGUAUUUAUGGACUGCAGACAGAUUGUGCCCAUUGCGUUCUGUGCUAGGGAUGCAGGACAGUGACAGCAUUGUGUGCUAUUAAUAAAGGGUAUGGCCUUAAUUAAAACAUUAAUUGAGGAGGGCUGAAUUCCUGGGACAAAAUAGUUAGUGGUAGAGCGAAACACGUGGGAUUUUUUGGAAUUGUGUAAUAUGCAUGUACAGAGGGUGCAUUUUUUUCCUGUACCGUUGUGCUGCACCACAAAAAAACAUUUUGGGUGGUUUCCUGAAUGCAACACGCAUCCUCCCUCCAUGCAGAAACAGGGUGCUCCAAACUGCGACAAACAGUUUGCUCGUUACAUGGCAUAGGCUAGGAAUGCACCAGUCUUUUCCAUCUGUUAUGAACAUCUUAAAAAAAGUUUUAUUUAUAUGGCACCAACAUGUUCCGCAGCGCUGUAUGAUAGUUUUGAAUUCCUGCACAGGAAAACGAGUUGUUAGUUGACAGUUAUAGUUGACAGACUAACUAGAUACACCAUUUGUCUCUCAUCUGCUUUUAAAAUAUAUGGUUCUAGGUUUAAGGUAAUAUUGUCAGAUAAAGCUUAAUGGCCUGCAAUAAAGUAAGACCUUGCAAUUAAAACCAGGAUUGUAUCUUGGAUCUCUGGCCAAUCUUUAGUUCGCACUUUUUAAAUUAUUUUAACUUUAAAUUCCAAAAUUUCAAUCCCACGUUAGCAGUUCCUUAUAAAAUAAAUUAAUUAACUAGUAAAUAACUGUGACUCGUUCAGUAUCUUACAAAAUUUUGGCAAACAAAAGCAAUGUUUUCAAAUUCAGAUUUAAAAUACCUUUUAGUAAACAAGCCCAAUAUUUUUUUUACUAUCAAAUCCCCGAGACAGAUUUGGCAUUUUUCAGUAUCCAUUAAACUAAAAUAGAAAAAACAAAACAUUUGUUACAGUGUACCAACAUAAAUUGUAGAUAUUUAUUUCAUGUGUGUUUGUAUAUACAACCACGAUUUAUUGGGAUUUAAAAAAAAAAAAAAAUAAUGUUUUUCAGUUUCCUGCAUAAAAUGCAAGCUUCUAUUACGCGGAUAGUGUCACAUUUCUGCUUAAAACAACUCACAUAUCAAAACCAUGUAAAAACAAAAACAAGCAAAAACGGUGCAAAACAGUACAAGUAGCAGCAUUUAAAUGUGUGUGCAAUGAACCCUUUUUGAGAAUUAUUUUGUUAAUAUAGUUUUGGGAAAGUUCUGCAUCCCCUUUAUUACAAACAGCUGCCUAAGGUCCCUGUCUAAAAUAAAUAAAUAAAUAAAUAGAAAAAAAAAAUCAUGUCUGUUAAUGUUAACUUUCCGUGUUUUAGCAAGAAUGUUUGUUGAGACUGAAGACGAAUGGACAUUUUAUGCAAAAUCAAUACAUUUACCGUGUUCAUAUAAAAUUUCAAUUGUUGCAAAAACAAACAACGCAGUACCUUCAUCUGCCAUACUUUCCAUUGUAAUUAAUUCCAACCUCAUGUAAUCAUAGUGUGCCUAGGAAAACAAGCAAAAAUGUCAGCUGUAACGAAGUUGGAGUGUAACGUGUUUAACAUAAUCAAUGCCAUUGCAUUAGACUGAUACAGAACACAGAAAUUGUCUGGUGUAAAAUCAGGUGUCUGCUAUUCAUUUUAAUAUAUAUACAUACAGGAAGAUGCGUUGCCUAUUGUUGUAAAUACCAUAAAGAAUUGUAGAAUGGUAUAAUCUCACGUGUUGUGUAUUGCCAAGGGCAUACUGCUUCUUAUAUGGCAGGGGGUUACAAGACGUUGAAGCUAUUAGGAAACAUUCAGUCGUCUCUUAGCUUGUGUAUGGCAGAAAAGGUUUUAACUUAGAUGUCCUGAGGCAAGUUUUAUGGGAAAUAAAGGGUUGUCUGUUACAAUGGAUCUGUGUGUGGACAGCUUCAAUUAUCUCAUGGAAGUUAAGCCCUGAAAAAAAGGAUAUCUGGCAAGUUGCGUCUGCAGGUGACCCCCUAAAUGGUGUUUCCGUGCAACGUCUUAUUAAUGGAGCUGUCAAGGGCUUCUAGCAGGAUGCCUGUAAAAAUAUUCUAUGUUUCGUAAGAAAAAUGUUUUCAACACAUUUUUUAAAAAAGUGCUGACACUGACAGCAGAUCAGUAUGGACAUUCUGUAUAUUGGUGAAGGAAGGGGCACAAUAAAUCAGCUAUCAUUGUUUAAAUCACUUGUUAACCUUUAUGUAUUGAGUGGGAUUUCUUGCAGUUGUAUUAUGUAUUUAUCCUUUUGUUACAGAUGGGGAUAUGGGCUUUGGAAUGUUGGGUUAGUGUUGAUGUUAUCGUGUUUAUGUGGAUAUUCCAGUGCUUAUAGCUCUUCUUUAUUUUUCUUAGCAGACGACCGCCAUGUUGAAACGGUGAUCAACGACGAUGAUGAUGCUCUUGCCCUCCCUGAGUCAGGAUCCAUUAAUCUUGGCGGCAACGGGACAGACCCCGACUUGCUAACAUGUGGACAGUGUCAAAUGAACUUCCCUUUGGGAGACAUCUUGGUUUUUAUAGAGCACAAGAGAAAGCUGUGCGGCGGACCAGGCAGUGUCUGCUAUGAUAAGAGUCUGGAUAAGAGCUCUCCUCCCCCCUCAUCUCGCUCCGAGCUCAGGAAAGUGGCAGAGCCCGUGGAGAUCGGCAUCCAAGUCACGCCCGACGAGGAAGACCGUCUUCUCACGCCUACGAAAGGAAUUUGCCCCAAGCAGGAGAACAUUGCAGGUACAGUGUCCUUAAUGUGAUGUUGCAGAGACAGCGCAAAGCUUUGUGUCAUGCCUUAAAACACACACACGCUCCACAAGGCUGUAAGAUCCAGAGCAUGCAACUAGGCCACUCACAAUAGGCACAUGGCUACAUAUAGAUUUAAAUUUUAUACUCCAGCUACAAAAUGAGUUACUUGAUAACAUUUAGUAUAAAAUACACUGGGAAAUGUAGAUCUGUGUAAAGAAAAAACGGUUUCCUACCUAACUCUCAUUCUAUCUAUCUAUCUAUCUAUCUGUUAUCCAUGUCUAUAUCGUUUGUUUCUUCUGUAAAACACUCUAAUGAACUAUCAAUCAUUUUUCUAGCAAUUCGUCUGUCUGUCUGUAUAUAUAUGUGUGUUUAUGAUUUAAAUAAAUAAUUGAUAGGUAUAUAGAGUGGUAUUGCAAUGGUUUAAAUAAUAACCUGCAAAGUAGCACUUAAAGACAUGUGCAGGUAUGUCUAGUUACAAAGAUACAUUACAGAGAAACAGACAGAGACAGAGGCAAAAAGACAAACAUAGGAGAGACAAACAGGCAAAGGAUGAGACAGACAAACAGAAAAAGAUACAGAUGAGCACAGAAUUAGAGACAGACAAAAAGAGAAGGAGAGACAGACGAACAAAAAAGGAUAAACAGACAGACAGGUAGUUCGAUAAGAUACAUAAAAUACUGGUAGCUACAUUUUUUUUUAUUGCAAGACUUAGUUAAACAUAAGGCCCCAAUUCAUCAUGUAAUUAAUCAUCAGAUUAAACCAAGAAUAUAUACUUUAAUAUCAUUUGAACUCCCAUCUUUGAUCUUUCUGGCACACAUCCCUCGGCUAACGUCGUGAGUUUGAAGUUGCAUUGUUUUACAUGUUAGAAGUCGGGAUUAAUGCUAAUCCUAAACCUAUUUAUCCUGAAACCCGCGUACAGCACACUUCCCGUUCCAUUUCCUAGAAUACAGCGUCUCCAGGCUUUCUGACUCCUGCAUCCCAAAAUGAACUUAUUCGUCAGCAAAACUUUCAUUGCGCAGAGCCCUCCAUAAAUACUUUUAACGUACCCGUAACAAAAAAAUAAAAUAAAUAAAAAUCCAAAAUUAAAUAAAAUUGCAAACACCUUUGAUGCAUGGUGCUUGUUAAUACAGUGAAGAAUUUUACAUUUUUCUCUGCAAAGUCUGUUACCAAGGGGAAGUGGGUUAAUUCUCCUCCCUCCGGUGUGAGCUGCUGUGUUUGCUGAGUAUUCUACAGACAACAGUUGGUUUGUCUAACUGUUGGAUUACUGGUAGAAGUCUCAUAUGCUCUGUACAGUGGAAGGAGGCUGAACAGCAGAUAUGCCUGGUCAAUAUUUUACAGUACUAAAUAAGGAGCAAUAGCCAUAGAAAUCAGUAGAAUAGCUCUCAAUACUUUAUACUUCACUACACCUAAAAUAACAUCCAUUUUGCCUUGAUAAAUCUCUCUUCUGUGUGAGCACUUUGUAAUCAUACCAAGAAAUAUUGAGCAAAGACUAGUGAUCUCUAUUUGUCUGUUCGUUCUUGUGAUUGCUAUAUUUGUAGCUCCUACAAUGGGGCUUUAGACACCAGAACCACAACAGCUUAAUGUAGUGGUUCUAGGGCAAAGAGUCUGUCUCUGCUCUGACCUUUUCUAAAAAAAAAGGCAGUAUUUACAUUGAUGCCUAAUGCCACCUCUAGUUUCUGUCACUCGGACAGCCACCACAGGGAUUUCCUGGAUGACCUCUUGCAAACACUGCAGGACAGUCGUUCAAUGCCUCAAUGCUUUGCAUCGAGACACUGAACAUUUCAUUGACUCAAUGUAUAUCUAUGAGGGGAUGCUGAGAUUACUGCACAUGCACACUAGCCCCAUUGCUGUGGGGAAGCAUUGAAUUGGUUGAGUUUGUCAGUACUGAUGUUCUCAGUCAACAGAGGUGGGGCGAUGGUGUCAAGACCAGCGUGCCAGGGGAAGUAAGGUAGGUAAAUCUUUUUUUUCCUUUUUUUAUUUCUGUGAGGGACAGUGAUAAUAAUCCAAUUAGUAUAACACUCUAGUAUUACAAAUAUGCUGUACCUAUUGCUGGCAUAUUAGUUCAAGAAUGACACAUGAAUACUAAAGCAUAUCAAAUUAAAAAGUAUAUAUAUAUAUAUAUAUAUAUAUAUAUAUGGUAAACAGAUAACCUAUGGUAUAAAUUUACAAAGUAAGAUAAGAUACCUUUGCGAAUCACUUUGAUAAAUCUUAAAAGUGAUUGUUAUUUAAAUGACUCCAAAAUAUUUUAAAAAUUAGUGCACUUUUUCUUGUCAUAUACCAGGUGUCGGCCUCUUCUUUUAAAAAAAAAACCAAACAAACAAAUUAAACAAAAAAUUUUUUUUUCAAUAGAGAUACUAUUAGAGACAGGAUAACAAAACAAUCUACUGAAUAAAAUAAAUACAAACACAAAAAAAUUAAGUUAAUCUCUUACACUACAAAAAGCCCCCAUCCCCCAAUGUAUUUUUAUAUUAAAAAUUUUCUAAGACUCAUCCUUUUUUCAAGAAAAAUAACUAAAGUGAUCCUUGGAUAUACAUGCACAAGGUGUUUUUGUCAGCUGGAAUUUUUAUACAUUUUUCAUUUGUACAGCGCUACGGAAUCUGAUGGCGCUAUAUAAAUAAUAAAAUAAUAAUUAAAAGCUACUAUUUUUUUAUUUUAUUUAUUUUCUAUUCUUUUAAUGUAUCUAAUAGAACAUGACAAAAAAUAUGUUUCUCUGCUCGUUAGAAAAAUACUAAAGAAUAACAUUUGAGCUGCUUAGAUGUAAAAUAUAAUUUAAUGUGGUGGAAGCGUUAAUUAUUGUAGCGUAAUUGAGUUUGUAGGACUGCAGUGCUUGCAGUUUUUCUGCUCAAGAUCUGUUUGUGUUUAUUUUUUUCCUUUUUGUUGUCAAAGAGUAAAAAGAAUUGGAAUACAUUUUCUUAUCGUAUAUCUCUAAUUUGUCCACGAUGUCACAUUUAAUAAUUUCUCCACUAAAUUCAGAAUUUUAGCGAAUUAAUCAGAAUGGCAAAAUUUAUGCAAAAAUAGCUCAUUUGGAGAAAUUCUAUAACUCUGCUAUCGUCACGGCUUGACUGUGUUUACCUAAACUUUGCCAUUUGAAUUUAAGUUGCUAAAAUUUACCAUCACUGAUACACAUAGCUACAUAAUGAGUUGUGGGUUUGUUGUCACUUGAUUUGAAAUAUUUGGUCUAAAAAAAAAAAAAUUAAACUAGACUUUAUCCACCUACUAAUUUGGCCUUCAUUUUUCAAAUCAAUAAAUAAGCGACUUCCUACAUUUAACUUUGGGUGUAAUAUCCUUUUAUAUGUGAAAUUUUCACCUGCAUACAUCCAAUAAAACAUUUUCAUGUCAUUAUUUGUACACUUUUAUUUAAUUAUGUGCGUACUAAUUUUGAUCUCCGACGUGGAUGAUAACCUUUAGCGUUAUUCUUCCCCGGGUGAGGUCUUUGCAGAGGCUGAAUUGAAUACUUGUAAACAUUCUAGUUUUGGGACUUGAAGGCUGUAGCUGGUGCUGUGAGUCACAGAAAGGUUGCCGAGAUCUGAGCUACCAGGAAGUUUAGAUACAAGUACUUAUGGAUCUAACUUACAGUCUCGGGAAUCUCAAAAAUCCGGUACCACAGGUCUGGUAAAAUCUGUCUCUCUUAAAACCCUCUACCACAGAGAAGAGUUUUUAAGAUUAACAGUGGCUACCACAGAGUUUACAAUGUUUGUGAGAUUUAAUCUCAGGCACCUGUAGCUGACUUUUUUUUCUGUCACAGAAGAAAAAUAACUACUUGGUUGGCUUAUACAAGAUCUGGUUCUGUCAUUCAGGUUUGUAGUCUUUCAAGGAGGCUCAGUCCCUUCUUCUUUAAAUUACCCUCUUGACGUAUGUUCUACUUGUUGACAAUUUCCUCAGCUCUUAAUGUCCUUCUGUACUUUGGUUUUACUGUUAAGUCCUCCAUGACCUAGCUGGCCUGUGUAUGUCACGUUACUUUUACUUAGGUGACUGGUUUUUAUUUUAACAACAUUGUAGAAAAUGCUAAGAGGCCUUACUGCUUGACCUGGACAUAGAACUAGACUUCAAGUUUCUUUACACGUUGCCUACUAGAACUUGUGGACUAAACUUGUUCUCAAGGCACAUCAAACCAGAGCAAUCCAGUUCUCAAGGCACACAGUCUAGGGCAGGUAUCACAAUCUUCAGCCCCACUGGUGUUACUAAACUAUAACUUAUAACUCAGCUCAUUACCUGGGCAUCUAUUGGAGUCAAAUAAUUCUGGAAGUUGUAGGCCAUCAACAUCUGCGGGGCGUGAGUUUGAGAUCCAUGGCUAGGCUUAGGAUUUAGUGAUUUUUCCAAUUCUGUUUGGUGAUAAUACCUAAAAAUACCUGAGGCAUUAGUGUGCCUUGAACUGCGGUGGGAACCACUAGUUUAAAUGAUCAGAAUCAUACGUCUCACCUGUGGAAAGUAAGGGAACAGGACGGAAAGUAGGUAGACCACAAUGGGGCAACAAAGUGGUGAAUUCAUUCAAGAAAAGAGGUUGUUCCACCCAGGAAGUUGUUGGACUGCCUGACUAACUGUCGUUGUGACUGGCCCCACUCAGGGCAGACCGUGCAGCUCUUUAGUGUGAGUUUAUUGUAGUGUCCCACUGCUGGAUAACCUGAGAUAACUGGAAAGAAGCUAGAAACUGGAUUGUUGAGAGACAUACACAUGGUUUGAUAGGUCAUAGGUUUAAUCCCCAAGUAACUAUAAGUCCACCAGGGCACAGGGUAAAAACAGGACAAUGUCUGCAGAUGCUGCAAAUAGGUGGAAAAAGAGAGGGGGGCCCUCCUAUUUUAAAUGACAAAAAUCACAGUCCUGCGCCCCACAUUAGCCUGCGCCUUCUGUUAGGUCGCAGAAGCCAAGAUGCACAUCUUAUUAUGGACAUAAGAGAUAAACACAGCUAUUGGCACAAAAUAAGCCACCUGAUUCAUUUCUAAUUAUUUUGUUACAAAUGGAGAUUAGUAAAAUCUGUGUGUGGACGCGAUUGAUUGUUCUAUAGAAUGUUCAGGAUUAUCUUUUUUCUUUUUUUUUCCUGACAGCUAAUUACCGGAGCUGUCUUAUGCUAAAUAUGCCCCUUUAUUGCGGUAUACCAUGAUGGCCAUUAGACACCAUGUAAUGAACAGGCCCCUGACGCCCAUCCUAUCUGCGUAGAAUUCUUAAAUAGACAAAAUUCAAGCCAUUUUCGUGGUUCAGAGAAGCGUGCGGUUUGGCUGCUGCACAGUGUAUGUCAAGCUGCUUUCUGCUGAGUUUGGCUCACUCUCCGUUUGCCAGGGCAUCCAGAAUGGAGACCCGCCGUGACACCUGAUGUCUCUACUACUACAGGGAGACUUGAGUGUAAUUACAGAUAGACCAGAUCAGUGAGCAGAGACAGAGAAUGAGAACGGAUGGUCGCCUUGGGCCAAAAAAUAGAGCGAAGGGACAAGAGGCGGGCAAGGUGAUCAAACUGGGGAUUCCGUAAAAUAAAUGUAACUAUAAAUUUGUAUUUACCAAAAAGUCAGACAUUCAGCAUCAGCCCCCUUCAACCACGCGAUAGGCUUUAUAAAUCACAUGACCACAGGAAGUUAAAUUCUAAAUAAGCGACUUUACUGCAAAUACACAAAAACAUUGUAGAAUUUCAAAGUUUGUAUGCAAAACACAUGCAGAUUUGCAAUGGGCUUCGUGAAAACUGCUUAAAAGAACAUGUUGCUCUUAUUAUCACUUUUUAUUUUUCUAAGAAUAAUAGCACCAACAUAUACAGUAGUGAUGCAACCCAGUUAUGUACCUCCCAACGUUUCAAAUGGACAAAGAGAGACACUUGAAUUUUAGGGCGUGGGUGUGGUAAAGACUCAUUACUGUGAUCAUUAUUGCUGGGAAGAUCUGUUAUAUACUGGACAAUAUGAAGCUCCUGGAAAAAAGAUAUAAAAGAGGGGUAGAGGGAUUUGGACUCAAAAUAGGGACUGUCCCUCCUAAAAAGGGACAGGUGGGAGGUAUUCAGUUACCAGCAACAUGACAGAAAUCCUCAGAAUUUCGAGUCCUUGCUUUGGCAUCAAUGGGAACAGCAGAGGAAACCUUGCAAUGUUGUAAUUUGAAGUUUUAGGGACAGGAAACAAUAUGAAGUAAAAGCAAAAAUAAAUUGUUGCUAUAAACAGUGCAUUUUUAAAUUUAACAUGGGGAUUCGCUGCAGGUGCAGCCACACUAAUAGACAUAAAACAUAACUUUUCUACCAGUGAUCUGCAAAAUUUAGAUUCUUAGAGUAUAUUCAUCAAACAGUGAGUCAAGAGUUAAUUACCAAGUUACAAAAUUUAGGACUAUUUAGCUGAACUCACUUAGGGAAAAAUUAGAUAUAUAUUGUAAUUUGGUUGUCACCUUGUCACAACUGUUCGGUGACUAAACCUAUUUAACCAAAAUGAGAGAGAGGAUAAUUUUGUGGCUGUUCCACCCUCUGCCACUUAAGGUUUUGUAAUUUUUGAAACAUCUGUAUUGAGAUUGGGACAGGGGGGCGGCAGUGUCAGUACUAAGUACAGAACAAUCAAUAUAUUUGGACCCUGGUCGGGUUUAAUGCAUUUAUAGCUAAGCUUGCUGGUGUAUCAGUGCUGCCCAAGUGUGAUCUUCAAUGUUAUCUUAAAAAAGCCAGUUCCUUCCCUCUGGGAUUAUAAACUAAUUAACCAUUUACACGCGAGCCAAAUCCCUUGAUAUCAUGACAUACAUGGUUUGCCACGUAAAUACGUUACUGAUAUCUGAGCAUGAAGAUAUUUUACAAUCGAGUUAAAAAAAAAGCAAAAAUAUAAAAAAUUCAAAAAUAAAUUUUUUUUUCCCCCCAUCCUGAAACAAGAGAUGGAUUAAAUUUUUUUAUUUUUUAUUUUUUUUUUUACCCAAAGCAUUCAGAUAAGCUUCUCUCAAUACAUUUCAUUUUGCUACUUGAAAGAAAUGCAAGCUAAACGAGUCCUGGAAUGUCUUGUAUAUUUAGAUUUAAGCGGCAAGGUGCGGUGGCGGUAGCCUGUCAACAUUUUACGGCCCAGUUACACGAAACAGAUUAGAUAAGCAAUCCCAGGUCAUCGCAAAACUGUAUUCUUCACAAGGAAAUAACACAGUGUGACCACUGUCCUCUCAACACUCAGGUCCACCCACCAGGAAACAUUGAAGAAAAUAAAUGCACUUUAUACGCUUAAGUGCGUGUGCUGGUAUUUUUGUAGCAGGGUAAUAUACUUAUCGUCCAGAGCUCAAGGACAGUGAAGUUCCCUUAUUUAUUUCCUUUUAACUUAAACUCUGAUCGCACAAUAUAUUUUAACUCUUUGGAGUCACACGUACUCAUCAGUGCUUUUAUAUAUAUAAAAAUAUAUUGUCGUAUAUACUAAAGUAUCUAAAUGUUUUAUUGUCGUAGCUAUGGUGAAGGUACCGGGCGAUCGAUUAAGGACGCAUUCCAGGAGAUUUUUUUGCCAGACACUGUAAACUCACCCUUAUUUUGGAAAAGGGGUUUACACUUUUGGUACAUUGAUUUCCCAUCCGUUUUCUACAGUUACAUGCUUAGUGAAAUAACCCAUUUGCAGACAUUAUCUAUAGGUGUCAACAGAAAAAAGGUGAUGUUUGCCUUAGGAACAUUUAACCCUUUCUUCUACUCACAGUGUUAGGUCAUCUUUUACAUUUAUUGCCCUUCAGAAUCUGUUCUCAGUUUUCUGAUUAUAAGAUAAACCAGUCUUUAGUUUUAAGCAACAUAUCUUUUUUUUUUUUUUUUUUUUUACAGAGGUAAAGUACAUUUUCCAUAAAUGUCAUAAAAAUAGUUAAAGUUUACAUGUAUCAUAGGAUCAUAAGCAGCAAAUCAGACCCAGAAAGAUAUAUUCUGGGGACCACUGGAGUGCAGCCCCUAAAAUAAUCAAUAGGGAUCCUUAAAAUAAGCUUAAAAUGAGAAUUACAACAGUACGUGGACUUUGGAUGCCAGAAAAGCUUUUUUAUUUUUCAAACCACGCAAAAAUACAAUUUGUCAAAAAAUAAUUCACUGCACCAAAACCAAUGCAAUAUGCUGCCAUGUUAUGGUGCUUAGAAUGUCCCUUUAAAAAUAGCAACAAUAUAUGAAUGUAUGAAACAAUCAGUACAUUUUUAAAAUGACGUAUCCUUAAUUAUGGAACUUGGUAUUUAGGAUUCCCAGUAUACACUCUGGCCAGCCAACCAAAUGCCAAAAGUUCCUAUAUAUAUAUAUAUAGAUAGAUAGUAUACAUAUAUAGUAUAUAUAUAUAUAUAUAACAAAGUAUACACAGUAUAUUGCUUUUGCGACACAGUAACAAAAUGACUGUACCGCUAAAGCAAGGUUACUGAUGGCUUUUUGCGCCAUGUUUUUUAUGAAUUAAUUUCAGUUUAAGUCUAAAGUUCUUUAUUAGUGGUCUAAAUGUAUUGUUUCUAAGCAGAUUUUAUUUUUAAGAUCUGAUAAUAGUUUUGGAUAGAGAAUAAAAUAGCUGUAUCUUUUUAGAGAUUGUAUUUGUUACAAAGAGAAGGGAUUACGGUGUAAAUGUAAAGAAAGCUUCUAAACUAAUUCAUGAUCUAAAACAGUGAUAGACAACCUUCAGCACUCCAAAUGUUGUGUACUACAACUACCAUAAUGACCUUGCAGCCAUAGUGCUGGCAAAGCAUCAGGGGAGAUGUAGUCCACAUCUGGAGUGCCAAAGGUUGCCUUCCCCGAUCUAAAAUAUUUUGCGUCCUAUCAUACAUUUUCCUUACUGCAUAGAAGGCCAUUGACUUUGCAAGGCAUGUAGGAGCUGAAGAGGUAAAAGUUCUUGUAGGAAAUUACUUUGAAUAAAGUGCCAUGUUUAGCCUAUUCACACAAUCCUGCAACCCCUUUCACCUCUAUAGUAAUAGCAAAGGACACCUUUUUUUUGUAGAGGAGAAGAUUUUGUGGGAAUAUCUCAAGCUCUAUUUGAAAGCAGAAGCUCUUCCAGGCCAUAGACAAGUACCACAGCCCACUUUAUUACAUUCUAAAUUCUGGGUUUUUAAACGCUAGGAAGCUGUACUGCCAUUGUUCUUUAAAAUGCCUAUGCUGAUUUAUUUCAUUUAAUAGUAAAUAAUGAAAAAAUAAAUGGCCAUAUUGCUUUCUAAGAAAAUCAGUUUAUUCUCCUAGCUAUAGCUACAUGAUUCUAGCCACGUGAUUCCGUAUAUGUAUCACUAGUAUUAAUAGUGGCACUGAAGGGGUCAAUUUAGCAAAGAAUUUAGAACCUGACAUGUUAGUACUGAUAAAAAGCACCUGCAUAUUAUCUGUAUUAUCAGUCCCCUUUCAAAAUUAUCUUUACCAGCUAUGUAAAAAAUGUACUUUGUUAUUGUAAAAAUAGAUUUAGCAUGUGGGGAAUGUAAUGUUUACAUCAAGGUCAGGGGUGUGCAAAGCCACAGAGCUUGGGGGUUUAUUGGCAUUAAAUCAGAAUACUUAGAACUCUGUGGGUCAUCGGGCGUCAUCAGAAUCUAGUUUUUUCAAACACUCUGUUUUUUGGCUUUACUUCAGAAACAGUAGUCUGAUAAGGAAUGUGUCUACUGGUUUCACUGGUUUCUGCCAUGAUCGCCCCAGUACUUUAGACAACUAUUUAGAACAAAAUACUCGGAUAAAUGUCCCAUUUUGUGUCACCUGCCUGCAGUUUAGACCGGAUCACUGUCCCACUUGCACUUUACUCUGAGUUCCAAUCUCAUCUUCCCGUACAGAAUGAGAGAGAUGAUAUGGCAGCUCCAUAAAAUAAAAUAUUAUGUUAUUAUUAGUGUGAAAGCACCAACAUUUUCUGUAGCGCAGCACAAUGAAAAAAAUGAAGGGACAUAGAAGUUAAUGGUAAGAGAUUCAGCAAACCGGUAAUGAAAAGUGAUGAAAGUUUACAAUCUAAACAGGGCAGAGCUUUCAUAUCAUCUGUCUGUUUUAGGCGUUCUCAUACUGUUAUGCAAUGCCUGUUGUACAGUGCGAAAGAAUCUCUUGAUGUUAUAAAGUAUUGUAUCAGUAAUAGUGGGGGGAAGAUACACUGUUAAAGUCAGAUGAGCAAUCCUUUCCAUUGGCUCUAGAUUCGCAAUCGUGAGAGCUGAAAGAGGGGUGGAGUAUUCGGGAGGGAGAAUGGGGGGGGGGCGCAUAACUCCGAGUUCCAGAUCUGAGAAGGAUAUCCCAGCAAUGUAAUGAAAACAGAAUGGACUUUUCAAUCACUCUGUGGCUUGCUGGCAGCCAGAUCCCUCUCUUGAGCCAAUGUUUUCAUUGUCGAUGUACAUGAGAGUAGAAGGACAGGUUAAAUCCUUAACAGGAUCAAAUCUGCAUUGUCUAUUGAUUCUGUUAAUAUAGAAGCAUGCAUUAAGUAUAUGAUGUAUGAUGUGUAGGGUGGGCUGUUUAAACCUUUAUUUACUGAGCAGUGAAGUCUAGGCUUUAAAUCUUUGCAGUCUUACAGAUCUCACCUUUACCUGGGAGUUUACAAGAGCAAUACACUUGCCAUGUACCUUUAUUAACGUCGAUAUAUUAUAUUGUCUUAUAUUAUGUUUUUUUGCUGGUGUUAUGUUUUACUGUGACCUGGCGCUGCUAAUUUAUUUGUUUGCUAUAUGAAUAGGAUGAUAAAUAUCCCCCUGUCUGUGAUUACUCUGGGUAAAAUCCACUUUUCCCCUUUUUUAUGUAAUAUACUUCCUUUUAUGUCUGAAAGUUUGUCAUACAUGGAAAAAAGAAUGCACACAAAAAUCAAGUCUGCUAAGUUUUAAGGGGGGUGGAGGGGGUUAGAGGCAUGUCCGCCCAGUGCUUUUCUAAAAUAUCUGUGUACCUCGCUGCUCCAAUAAAAAGGUACCUUUAAAAAAACUAACAAAAGUAGUACAAUUCAUUUCCUGUAAUCCUCACCACCCCCAUGGGACUAAGCUCAUAUCCGAUAAACACCUUGCUGUGACUAUUUGUAUUUUUGCUUUCCCACUACUGCUCAAUGUCUGACCCCCUCAUUACUUUGUUGCCUCUCUGUCUGUAUGUAGAUCUUGCAUUAUGAGAUCCCUUUUAAUCCAGACGCCUUUUUUGGAAAGCCAGGGAGCAAUUACAGUGAUUACACCUUCCAGAAGAUCUCCCUCUCCUAGCAAGCUGCUGUGUAGAAUCUCGGAAUUUCAAGUCUAUGCAUAAUUUGGGGAUAAUUGCACAGCUGCUCUGAGAUCUGAAUCGCUCUCUACUGACCUUGGUCAGUGUGUCUGGGUUUGAAUAGAUCACUGGCCCCCCUCUGUCUCUCUCUUUUUGUUUCACGUUGACAGUCGUGCCCCCUCCUUCCCCUGCCCUGUCUGCUCUCUCUCUCUCUCUCUCUCUAAACACUCAAAUCAUUGCAAGUAAGCUCCCAUGGUAAAGAACGCAGGUUCUUUGUGGUUUGAUGGUUUGCUAAAAAAUCCCAGAGCUUUUUAGGUCCAUGUUAAAAUGAUGAAAGAAAAAAAGAAUAAGAAAAAAAAAGGACAGUUUGAUGGAUCUUCGACUGUUUGUGGUUGUGGUAUACAUUCUUUUUUCAAGGUAAAUUGUGUUAAGAAUAUUUAAGCUAAUUAUGCAGUGUAUAUGUUUAUACCUGUUACUGAAUAGAGGGAAUUGUGUGGUUUUCUUUUUAAAGAAACAGCGUACUCCUUCAUGAAUUACCCCUUCCUCUCCAAUUCUUGCUGGGAAUGUAUAUUGGUUUCCCAUGGCGCUUGCAGUCUGCUGAAUUAGGCGCAUGCUGUGCUUGACUGUGCAAGCCCCGUGUACCCACAUUCACUGUGUAAUAUGUGGUAGGCUAUGAACUGUCCACUGUGGCCUCUCUAGUGGUUUAUAAAACCACUAUUCUCUGUGGCCUCUCUCGGGGCUUUAAGCUACUAUUCACCACGGCCUCUCUUGUAGUAUAUAAAGCCACUAUUCACUGUGGUCCCUAAUGGGGCAAAACGUCACCAUCCACUCUGGCCUUUAGUGGCAUAUAGAACAGGUAUUUGUGGUCUCUAAUGGGCUAUAGAGCCACAAUCCACUGAGGUCUUAUGUUUGAGAGGGAAGCAGGGGAGGGGAGCAGAGGUGAAGAUUGAAGUGAACUUUUCCAAAGCAGGAAGUUUUAUUUUACUUUACUUUUUCCCCCCCUUUUUCGCGGGUGGCAGCAGACUUGGCAAAUAGCCAUAGUAUCUUUUGUAGGCACAGAGAAGCCAUUCCAAGUUGAAAUUUAUAGAGCAGAGCGGAGCAAGUUCAAGGCCUGGAACUCGCCAGCAUUCUCAAGCUUUUUGUUAGUAAUUACUCCUAAGAGCCGUUCGGCCUGUUUUCUCACUUCUGCCUCAGUUUACCCUGCAGACGCUCUCUCAUUCUCAUUUAACUGUUUGGGUGUCUUUACAGAGCAGGAUCAGAGGUUUUUUUUUUUAAGGCUUCUUUAGGGAGGAGAUAAAACAUUUUGGAAGUGUGUGCAGUGAGGAUUAUGAAAUACAUGUAUACAUAGCUAAAUCGGAUUUCCAUGGGAAAACCUAGUCAGUGGCAGGCAGAUAUUAGGUUUGUGCAUUCAGUUUAUGGACAAAUGCAAAAUAAAACAAAUUUUUGAGUUUUUUUGAAUUUGUGUGACUUAGAAAUCCCUAGGUACAUGAAUUGACUAAGAAAUUAAUUGCGUGAUGAGCAAGUUGCUCAAGUACAGUUCUGACAUGGAGAAUGAGAAGGGACGGCCUUUAAAUGCUGAAUAAAAUAAUUCCUUCAUGAUAAAUACACAAGCUCUGUCAAAUCCUGUAGCCUAAAUCACUGUCCAAUCCUGAUUCUGAUUUUGCUGUGACUAAUACCAGCAACAGCCUAUGGAUGUGACUCAGCCUUGUCUCUAGUACUUGACCAAUCAAGAUUGACACAUUUCUGAAGGGGAAGGGUCUAUUUGUGAGUAAUAGUUCUGUUUAAAGGGAUACUAUGUUAUACUAGCUGUUAUACGUGCUGCCCAAAAGAUAGAUUCUCAGAUGUUUUAAAACUACAGCUUCCAUGAUGUUUUGUCAUUCUAAAGGCUUGCAAAGGUUCAGAGUAAUGCAAGCAAAUGUAGAAACCGAGAGAGUAAAAGGCUGUUAUACAUCUUUGACACACAUUGCAAAUACACAAAUGAACUGCUUUAGUUGAGAAUAGUUAGUUUUCACUCCAGCUUUGAAAAUGUUAAAUGUUUUCCAUACACUUUUUAAAGUGCUCCUAGUGGUGACAUAGAGCACUGCUAUUUCAUAUAUAAAAAGACUGAUUUAUUACAGGCAGUUCUAUAUAGGGGCAUAGUGGCCACCUAUAGACAUAAUUUACUCAUUGAAAGGGCAAUUUAGAAUCCAGUCCAAGAAUUGCUCAGUAAUCUAAUCUUAAAUAUGAUAUAUCUCGGCAAUAGACGCAUGUCUUAUUCUGCUCUGCAAAAUACAUUGCAGAUUUAUAACUACCGGUAAGUAGAAAUGUAAAAAAUAUUUUUUGUAAAAAUUUUUUCUACUAAAUAAGCACUUUGCCAUGGAAUUUACGUUGUUCCAUAGUUUAUGUGCCAUCUAUGUACAUAUGGUUAAAGGAAAUUGUUGCAGUAUUUUGCAAGACACCUAUACAACCAUGGUUUCAUUUUCCUUAAAAGAAAAUAGUGCUUGGUUAUGAAGGGGUUUAAAACUAUAACUUACCUGAAGUGGACCAUGUCAUCUUAUUAUAUACUGGAGUUACAUUUCAACUCUGCUGUAGAGAAAUAUUUUUGGCGUUCUAGUUUCUGCAAGUGAUGCAGAACACACCUGGAAUGCACAAAUGAAAAAAAAAAAAAAUAGAUAUUCAGGUUUUAAAACAAAACAAAGAAACUAGAUGUAUGAGGUGAGACUUAGAAAGUUCUGAAAUGAUCUCCUACUUAAGCUCUCUAUGCAGAAUUAAAGUAGAAUUUUAUCAAGGUGCAUAUAGUGCAGUCUAUUAUAAAGGUUAUAUUCUGAUCUGCGCCAAGAUUAGUAAUACAUCCCUGCCAACAGCCUUGAAUCUGGUUUGACAGUCCUGAUUUUGAGCUCUUGUCUUGUUUUCCAGGAUUUUUCUCAUGUCACAAUUCCAGGAUCACCAAAGAGGAGUGCUUAUAAAAUAUAUUAUUGAAUAAUUUCACCCUGUGGAGGCUUUUAUAGGUCAUUUCUGUCCAUGUGAGAGCAAUUCGGCAGCGCUGUGAACACGGGGAGUCCUGGCAGGCUGCUAUGCAGGGCUGUCAUCCUAGCAAACAUGAGCGUAAGGAUGAUUUGCCAUGAACGUGCUACUCCUGCCCUGGCUUACUACUUGCCAAUGCUGGCAAGAUAUGGUUACUUAUCACUGUUUAACACUCAUAGAGAAAAUCAUGGAUUUUAAAAGAUUGGUGUAAUUUUGUUGGUUCAUUAAAUGCAUUAAACUCCAAUAAAAUAGUACAUUUUGGGCAUUGACAAAGUAGGCCAAAAGUAGCCGGCCUGGCUAAAUUCUUCAUUAUAGAUUCUUUCCAAACUGUCUUGUUUUGACUGCAUAUUAUCUGCUUUUUCAGUUAUAUAUAUAUAUUUUUUUAAUUGCAAGAAGUCGAUGCCCAAGAAAUUUGCCCAUUUUUCUUAUUUUUAUAUGUAACGCCAACUUAUUCCGCAGUGCUUUGCAGCAUUAUAAAGGGGGAAAUUUAACAAUACAUGGGGCAGUUACAGAUUGUCAUAGGAACAAUAGGUUGAUGAGGACCCUGCUUGAAAGAGUGUACAAUCUAGGGGACCAUCAGUCAUUUAAUAUUGUGACAGUCUCUGCGGUUGAAUGCAUUUACGUAUCAAUGUCCAUAUAUUACAUACACUGCAACUACUUUGUUAGCUGUGUUUGUUUAUCCGUAUGCUUGUUCGACACACACCAACACGUGUUCUUAGCUCUACAUGUAUGGGGCUACCUUUGAACCAGCUCAGUCAGCAUAAUUGGACAUUUGGGAGACGCAUACUGAUGCUCGGUAAUGAUUUGGCAAAAAAGAAGGAAGAAUCUGAAAACUGGCAGUUUUAACAAUUUUAAUUUGUACGUUAAGAACUGCCGUGCGCCUCUCCAAGAAAGUAUUGCUCUCACAUCUGCCGGAGACUGUGCAAUCAUUCCCUGGAGCCCCAUUUAUAACAAUCUAACAAGAUAGGAUUUGCCUUUGAAUAUCUGUAAAUAUGGCUAAAGAUCACACAACUAAACUCAUCAUUGUUGAAGACUAAAAGGCAUAAUACGAUGUGUUUGAUGAAUGUGCAUAUUGUAAGGUUUCUCAGCAGAAGAGGGGAGAUAAAACACUUAAGAAAGUUACCCUUUUCUCUCGAACAUCUGCAUUAACACACAUUAAUUGCUGAUUUCAUCUGCCUUGAGAAUUUAAAAACCAUCGUUUGUGCUAGGUGUACAAAUGGUUAAUGUGAAAACCACUGAUUAAAGGAUUCGACUGCAAUAAUACACAUUUUUCUUAUGCAAAUAGAUCGCUUAUUUGGAGACAAAACUGAUAAACCUACACCUUAACUGGACUUAAAAAAAAUAAAUGAUGUGUAUUGUUUCUUAAGACGGCUUAGAGCAGGGGUCCUCAAACUCCGGCCCCCCAGAUGUUGCUGAACUACAACUCCCAUGAUUCUCUAGCUAUCUGUGUAAUUCAAAGAAUCAUGGAAGUUGUAGUUCAGCAACAUCUGGGGAGCCGGAGUUUGAGGACCCCCGGCUUAGAGGAAUCAAUUCUUUAUAUAUAAAGGUUUUAAUUUCCUGUUGAGUCCUGUGCUCAGUACAGUUAAUUCAACAACAACAACAACAAAAACACUUCCAAUUUAAAAUAUGUAAUAUUUUGUGAAGGGAUAGUCUGUUACAUUUAUAGGGUUAUUCACCAAACUUUGGAUUUCAGUGAAUUAAAAACAAGAAAAAGAGUCUGAAAACUGGGCCAGUAUUUAACUAUAGCUGUGUUUAUUUUUUUUCUUCUUAAUCAGCUUUUUAGCCUCAAUUCUGCAAUUUGCGUAAAAUUCUCUAAAAUUUGAAUUUUUGGAUUCUAUAUUAUAAAACGCAGUUUGUAAGCUGUUGAUUGGGUAAUUAAAUACUUUUUUUUUUAUAAACGUUUAAAUCUAUAGUAAAAAUACAUUUACCGUAGAGUUAGACUUAGUAAGCACUAUAUACACUACUUACUACAGUGAUGAUGGUGCAAGGAGCCAUUGGUCACUGUCCCUUGAAUUUCUGUCAAUCUAUUUUCGAGUGGUUCCAGUGCUUUCUUGAUGCCUGUAGCCUGACCAAUCAGCGUAUGUCUCGAAUAAAGUAUAAGAUCCAUUUUCACAUUACCCAUCUAAAUACAGUGGAGCUAAUGUCUUGCUAGUGCCAAGUAAGUUUUUAAAGAAAUUCUCAUAUAAAAGACCAAUAAAUCAAUGAAAACUCACCUUGAUGACCUCAAUACAUUAAAGAAAGCCCUUGGAGAGUUUGUGGGGUUAAUCUUCGAAAAUAGUAACUGUGGCAAAUUUCCUUGUUCUCCACAAUCCCCCAUGUGUUAUAGGUAUCAUAACAGUCUCUGCAUCGUCCUGCCUAUAUAUAUCAUAUAUUUAUAUAUAGUACUGAAAUAAUUUAUGCAUUUGCCAAUGAUGACACUCUUGUAACACUCAUUUCUCUUGCAAUUUCCUUUAAAAACAUUUUAUAUUGGUUGUCGUUGUGAAACAGGACUUGAUAUUAUGCGUACACACAGUCUAUUAGCAUGACUAAUUCAGGCAGUUAUCUGAUUUGCAUGGGGCUUUGACAAAGUGAAAUUAAAUGCUUCUGAGAGAAAGCUAUAAGGUAUAAAAUCUGCCAAUUUCUAUUGUCGUAGCUGCCAUUCAGUUCGAAUUAGAAUAGGAUGGUUCUGCAAAUCCCCACUUUCCAGGGAGGUUAUGGUCUUUUGCUGAUAGUGACCCCUUUGCUUUUUGCUUUAUGACGCUUUUAAAAUACUGGGAGAAUUUGCACCGGUGCUGUACAGCCUACAUUAGAUGUGUCUAGUUACUAAUUGUUAAAUUGCAUGCGUUUGAUAAAUUUUUUUUUCAUUUAACUUAAUAUCACUGCAGCUCAGAAAAUUGUAAACUCUUAAGGAUAGCCUUUCAGGCUGGGUACACUAACCACAACAAUAAAGAAAUAAAAACCAUGUAAAGAUAAGUCAAAUUAUAUUAAGCUGCUUCUAGUGUACAUCAGGUCUGAUACAUAUGUAAAAAAACAAACAAACAAAAAAAUAAAAUUUUUAUUAUUAUUAGCCAUUAUAUUGCGCCAAUAUAUUCUGCAGCGCUUUGCAAUUAUAGAAUGGAGAUAAUUGUCUCUAACAAGUAACUGACAUAAAAAUAUUAAAAGAAACAAGGGCAGAAGAAGGCCCUGCAUAUAAAUAUGUUUUAUUUUAAGCAUUAUACCAAAUAUCAUUUUAAGUACAGAGGGCUUAUCAUUCAUUAAUAUAUUUAUAUAACAAACAUUAUUUUGCUUUUCAGCAAAAUUAUCGGGCAGAUUCACUAAAUUGGUAAUUGUAGGGGAAUGUGAAGUGAAUUGCAUUUUUUAAGCCAACAUAGCCAUAGGAAAUCUAUUGUGUUUUUAACUAGUUUGGCCUUAAAUGUGCACUUCAUAGUUUUGCAAUUUAGUGAAUAAGCCCCUCAUGUGUUUGGAAGAUGUGUGUGGCAAAGUCACGCUGUGACCACAUAAAUAUUGCUUUUAUUAGCCAGACCUUUCAUCUUUUGUUAGCAGAAGAUUAAUUAAGAACAGAUUAGAACUGCUUUAUUUUAGGAAGAGUAUAUUUCGGGUUAGAAAGCACUCAAAGCCAUUAAAACUGUGAGCCUAAAUGACACAAGUGUUCUAUAAUAAAUUGCCCAUUUUGUUUACUUUAUUAGGUUUUUUUUUUUUUUAAUUGCAAGCCUGGUUCUGCAGUCUCGUUCACGACAUUUUAUCCAGAGCUCAAAUAAAUCAUGUUUACUUUUGGCGUUCCUGGUCGUAGUAAAAAAAAAUAAAAAAAAAUCUUGGCUCUUUUCUCUUCCUCAAUUUUAAGCAUUUGCUUCCUACCUGUUUUUGAGCCAGUGCCCAGGAAUAGUAGUUUUUCUUUUUUUUUGUCAAAAGAGGGGAUUAUGCUAGGCAGCCAUUCUUCUGCCAAAUCAACGUUUGCAUUGCAAAAGUCAAUGACGGGCGUGUGAUGGAGCUUGGAUUUCCUAAGACAUUUUGCAGAUAGUGAGAGAUCACUAGACUGCAGUUCAAGUAUUCAUGCAGCUGGCUAGAACAACUCUUCGGUAGUUUUAUUAAUUUGUUGUCAUUGAAUUGUAGUAGUAGAACAUGUUCUAAACACUGCUGUCUCUUGUUUCAGGCAGAAAUGUCAGAAUAAAUGGACAUUAUUAGGAAUUUGGCAGAGGCUAUAUUAGGAAUACAGUUUGUUUGUGUCCAGAUUUCCCAGAAAGAGAAUUUGAUUUGUGCAACACAGCUUGUAUGAUUAGAAAAGAGGUAUCAGAUUGGCAUUGACCUCACAUUGGGCCCUCGCCUAUAGAGCUCUAAUCAAUAGAGUGUAAACCGAUCUACAGGUUGUGUAGUGGUCUUAUUAUUAUUAAUCUUAUUAUUACUAUUAUACAUAAAACACCAACUAAUUCCAUAGCCAUGUUCAAUAGGUGGUAGAAUAUACAUUUUGUGAAACUUUUCAGCAGUUAGGGCAGUUUUCUUAAUAAAUCUGAAUUUAAACAGAUGUAGGGUUAUGUGUAAUAGUGUCAGGUUCGCUUUUUAGGCAUUUUUUAUGGUGCUUUCACUUUUUGCAGCUGUUUAUUCUUUUACGUGUGCCGAAAUAUUCUGUACUGCACCACUUUUGUCAUUUUAUUUUCUUUUUCCCGUUUUGGUUCUAUUUCUUUAGUUCUUAAAUUCAGCGCUUCCAUCGUAUAAAAAAGAGGUGCAAAAGUGUGCUUUUUCUUUCCAACAGUCAGAUUGCUGGUUUUUAUUGUUACAGGUAAGUAGCUUAAUUUUUGCUUAAUAUAUAUAUAUACAAAUAUAUGUAAAUUAAAAUUGUGAAUAUACCUUUUUUUUCUUGCUGUUAUGUGACACAUCUGUCCAAAAAUACAACCAAAAAUCCAGAUGAGUAAUAAAAAGUGACAGUAAUACUAAUUAUUUUGUUGCUUUACAGAACAGAUAAAAAAAACGAGGGCACCAAUAUAUAAAUGGUAAAGUAACAGCUAUAUAAAUUUGAAACUGGUGCAUGUGCACAAAACAACCGCAAACAUGGAAGCAAACCCAACAUGUUUUAUACAUAACACCCAUUGGCUGUUGCGCUUACGAUUUAUUUUCCCCAAAAAUACAAUUUUCUAAUUCGUUCGUCACUUUUGAAACUGGUGCAUGACUCAAGGAAGCUAAGUAAGACAAUAUGAAUAGCAUAGAUUUAAAUUAUUAAAUAUACCUGAAAACCCCUACGAAACUGUUUGUAAAAACUUUAAUAAACCAUAUAGACAGGUUUGCAUGCUUUUUUUGAUAGAUUUUUUUUUUUUUAUUGUAUAAAUUUCCAAGAACUCCCCCUUUAGACAUAACUCAGACUUGUCAAGUUCAUUGAUUUGAUGAGAAUACAUGACAGAAACACAUUUCCAGAAAGCGUUUCACUCCAUCUGUAACUGACGACACACACUGCUGCGCAAUGCAUCCACGCUAGCUUACCCAGGUAUCCAUAAUCCCACACUGCACAGGAGAUUUUAGACAAAGGGUCUUCUCUUUAAAUUGCUGCAUGGAAUUCUCGAUACAGUUAUUGAACCAUUUUAGUCUUGUUAUAUAUUUACAGAACUGUAUCUGAAGCAAACAGUAGGCUAAAUAGGAGACGCAGGUUUGUUGUGCUUAAUGAAUAAGGCUACAAAAACCAUGUAACUCGGAUUUUUUCCUAAUUUGUGAAGCAGAUUAAGGCCAGGCUGGUAAAGGCAUUCUUCCAUUCUUGCCCUUUCUAACUACUUUCAAAAUAGGUUAGACAUUUUUCUAGAAUAAAUAUGUUGGUCGUUUAAAGAGAAGCCGUCACUUUGACAGUUCUGUGUUUCACGUUCCAUGUUUUGUUAUCACAGUAAAUGCUAUUGGAGUGUUUAAUGGGGUGAAGGUAAGUAAAAAUCUUACCUCUGCUGCACUUCUGCGCUGCGUAUGACUAAGUCAUCCCAUGAUGCCUCCUGCAUCGUAGCACAACCUACAGCUAACGUGUAGCUAGUAUCAGAAGCUACACUUCUUCUUUAAAUGGAUAGGGUUAAUGUUAAAUAUAAGUUAUAAGGGACUAUAGAAAAGAAUCCCAGAUUGAGGCCUGACGAUAAUAUUGGGACAUGUUAAAACAGGACCCUUCUGCUGUCUGCUGGUAGACAACACUGCAGUUUUAAACACAUAAGGAGUUAUUCACUUAACUGCGCACUUUGGUGAACGGACAAGGGAACUGGAUAUAUUAGAUCAAAACAGCAAAAUUGGAAACAUUCUCUAACUCAGCAAUUUUUCCAGCCCAACCAAAUUUGCAUUUACCUUGUCUACUCUCCUCAACUCCAGUUCAGUGAACAAAGUCCAUAUGUUAGAUUUAAUGUACUUUGUUCUUGGAAUGUCUUAGCCAGUCAAAUCUUUUGCACUGCAGUAGCACCGUAUAGCCUUAUAGAUUGUAAGAUCCGGUGAUUGUGGCCUUCUAAACCUAUGGACUUUUUGGUCACUUCGCAUAGAGGGGCAUCCGCUGCACUCCACUGAUGAUGCUUGUUAGAUGCCAAAACAUCUGCUAUUUCCAUUUCAUAAUACUUUAAGGGAGUAGUAUUAGUCUAGUACACUCUUGGGGCUUAUUUGGCAAAAACAGGUGCUGUUCUGGGUUAAAGUACCGAAAGAAGCUAUCACUAUGGAAACCAUUCAACGUUUAGAACUUUGACCCAGAGUAGCACCUGUAUAGCCUUCAUAAAUAUGACACAUUUACCCUAUGUAAUGGCACAAGGGGAUAUAUAAAUCUAAUAAGUUCUCCUGAGCAAAUAUCAUCUUAUAAGGCUUGUUCUUGUGUGCCCGCUUGCUAGUAAUUCCCAAUAAACUGAUAUGAAAACUUUAACUUCAUGUGAUUUGGUUGUUACAUUUUAAGUCUCUGUGUUAGGUUCGUCUUUAGUGUAGGUUUUAGAUCAGGCUGCUUCAAAACAUUCUUUGGGGAAACCCAAUGGUCUUGGUGAUGUGCAAGUUACCCUAUAGCAUUCUAAAGGGAUAUCAAUAAAACAUUGACUGCUGGUGAUGUAUUGAGUAUUGCUUUACAAAAUGGCGGUUUAGAUCAUAGACAGAAAUCUCCUGUUUGUGAAGGUUACCCAGAAUCCUCUUUGACAAGGAAUUCCUUUAGUAGAAAACUCCUUUCGUAUUUUCCUUGAAGGGACAUCAAAAUUAAACAGCCACUGUGAGAGCCAGGUGGUCAUGAAAAAACAUCUCUAGAAGUUUUUGUAUAUCAGUUCCCAAAUCACUACUGUGAUGAUUUAAUAAGUAACUUCAACAGCCUUUACAGAUAUCCCAAAUGUGAUAUAAAUACAGCCUUUAGGUGUUUUUUUCGUAUUGUUCCAGUCUCUCCUUUAAGAGCUGCCUUGUGAUCCAAUGGACUGUGCCCAGUGUUUCUAACACGUUCAGACUGCCCUGCUUUCUGGAAUAUGUUCAUUGUGAUCAUUUUCUUAUUUAGAGUUAAUAGCGUACAGCUCUCUGUGACACUGAAAGACAAAAUCCUUCAUGUCUGCGAAGCCAGCCUCCCAGUGAUUUUCAGCAAAACUAAUGUGAACAAGUCUCUUUUUUUAAUAGAUUUUUGUCAGGGGUAAAAUGGAACAGAUGUGGUGGAAAAAAGGCUGAUCUGUUAUAUAUUGUAACUACAUCUCGUGGUUCAUAGGAGAUGAAAAUGUUUCAUUGAGCCAUUUAUAGGCUUGUUUUGUUACUGCCCUUGAUUUUGAUUAGUAUUAAGACAGAAUUUAACUACUGCAGGGCUAAUAAAGAAGAUGACUUUUUAAUUUCAAACUCAGUAGCAACAGCUUUAAAACGUUAAAGAAACGUCAAUAUUUUGCAAUGGCACACCCGUCUUUGCAGAGUGAGCUCGUCAGAGGCUUUCCAAAAUUAGAUGGAAUGCAUUAUUGAUUAUAUUCUUCAUGUGUUUAUAGCCUGCAUUCUCAAGACUGCAAAAAUAUUAUCGGGUUUUAGUACUGGGAAGCUAUAAUGCUAUAAUAAUGCAUAUUUAAAUUAUUCCUAUCUUCCUUUUCUUAUAAAUAAACCGCAAAUAAAGGUCUCAUCAGCUAGCCGUCAGCAUCUUAUUCACAGAUUGUUCUAUACUUCAUUAGCAUCUACACAAUGCGUCGUAUGUAAUUAGAAACAUGGUAACAACAUAUCUAAAAUUAGACGUGAAACAACAAUUAUUAAACAAUCGAUUUGACUGUUUUUGUUUUUUCAUUCUUAGAAACAAAAGCUUUGGAAGCAUCGCUCUAGAUUAUUAAGCCGAGGCUUUACAGAAAUUAACUAGUUUCGGCUGUUUUCUCAAACAGUUUUGAUUUUAUUGUUUAUUUCGCCCCCUCCUCCUUUAGUUUCUUGAAACAACACACUACAUUUUGUUUGGUGCAUUUCGCUAUCUUUCUAUCUUGUAUAUAAAGGUUUGUUUUUUGUUAUAUAUUUUUUGUGUGUGUGUGUGUGUGUGUGCACUGGCUUUUCUCUACAGGCUCUGACUCCCAAAUCUUCAGCGUCUCAAUUUCCAGUGCUGCGUGCUUGUUCUUUGUUAAUCACUUGGCAAGCGCUUAUUUGAAUAUUAAAAAUUUCUUUAAUCAUCAAAGGCAGGAGCACAGCUUCAUGAAUAUUCAUAUUUUUCUCCUCAGACUGGAUUCUAGUUCAUUACCCUGCAGUAAAGCCAAACACUCAUCAAUCGCACUCAUUACAGCCUCUGGCGUUUUGAUUGGCUGCCUGCUGCUAGAAGGUUCGUUUUUUUUUUUUUUUAGACUGUGUUUUUUCUCCCGUUCUUCUUUAGUGUGAGUUGCUGUGUACCUGCCAACAACACAAACCAAAAUAUAUAUAUAUACAUAAUAUCAACAGAUCUACAAUAAAUGUCUUUGGCGAAGAAAAUAAAAACAAUAACUACUUUCUUAACUUGUCAAACAGCCAUUCGGAUAAUAAAAAAAUAAAAAAAUUGGAAACAAAAAAAAAUACAAGCAAAAUAUAAACAAAAAAUGAUAUAAGGAGGAGGGGGGAAAACUUGAGCUUUGGAGAAGAAUAUUUGUCAAGAGAGUUGACGUAAGUUUCAUUUGCAUAAUGACUUUGUACUUCUGCAUUAAUAAAAUUUGCAUAUGAAGCCGUGUUAAUUACUCCUGAUCAUGCCUUUUGCAUUCAUGCAUAGUAAUUUUCUCCGACUUGUGAGAAUUAAUGUCUUGGCAUUGGGGGGAUGGGGUAGGAUUCAGUCUGCAAUAUCUUUAGUGACAAUCCCCCUUGUAACCCUUUCUGUGCAAGCGUAAACUGCAAAAGGGGGUGUAGUAUUCUAAAAUCAUAGAACGAUAAAAUAUAUAUAUUUUGCUCAUAUAGUGAAACUUCUAGAAGAAUGCUCGACUUGUUAAUUAAGGAUUGCAGAGUGAAGAUCUACAAGGUACAACAUAUACAAACUUUGAUGAGUUUUUUUUUUUUUUAAUCUCUUUUUUUUUUUUUUCAAAAAUGGUCCUAUAUCUAUCUGGGCCUAUAUCAAAUCUUUUUUUCUUGGGCAAAUGUAGCAGGUGCAAACAGAAAAUUAGUUUGGCUUUAACAUAGGUGUUUUUUUCAUUAAAAAGUGCGUUGUGUUGAGUUGACAAUCAAAUUGAAGAAACUCAAUCCCGCUGUGAUAGUAGGGUUCUUUAUACGUUGAGCUUUGUUAAGCCAUGUCUUAUCCAAAAGCAACAUUCUCCUGCUGGGAUAAACUUGCGACCUCUCGAUAUGAAGACUUCUAAGAUUUUAUCUCUGGUAGUUGGAGAAGCAAUGGUAGCUGGUUUUAUUUUGUUUCUUCAGUCUAAGGAUUCUGCAACAAGAGGCUUUCUUAAAAUUUUUAAAAAAUUAGAGGGUGAUAUGCCAAUCUGCAAAUGUUUGCGCCCCUAGACAACGUAUGGAUAAUUAAGGAUACGAUAAUUUUAUCCAUAUAUGAGUAUACAUAAUGGAAGGUUGCAUAUGUUACACCCAUUAGCAAUCAGACAGAGCUAUAUCCAGAUAACGGUUGCCUUUGCAGUAAAACUAGCUUCAGUUUCAUAGCAGGAUUCCUUUAUGCUCUCAUUCUGCCUACUUUCGGCGUUUACCCCAACGCAUCACUCUUACUGACCUCUUUAAUUCACAACUGGAAUACGACAUCUACAGCCGCUGUUAGCUAUUUCACCUCUGAUGCCAAACACUUUUAUGUUCCUUUCUCAGUGUACAUCUGGAUACGUCUACAGCAAAGCUACUGCCCGUGAAUUGUUGAGGGCUCAUAUAAUCACUUCCUUCAAGGUUAGGAUAUCGUAAUGGGUCAUAGGCAGUUUAUUGUGUCUUUCCUUGUUUUCAAGUCAAAAAUUCUAUACAGUAUCUUGCUUUGUCUGUUAAAAUUAUGCAAACCCUAAUGUUCAUUUCCAGAGAUAUAAACAAAGUAUAAGAAAAGAGAAGAAAUAAAAUACAUUUUUUCUGUUUAGCGCUAACUGGGCACAUUUAUUUACAAAUUCUAAAGAUUGUAGCAAUGAGCUGACCAUAUCUUAAAUGUAAUGGGUUCUUUAAACUCACUAAAUUGGGCAAGUGACAUUUACCACGCACAUUUGUAUUCACUAUUUGUUAGAGUGGCACAGUUAUAAUCAACAUCAUGGUUUUUGAUCUAAUGGGUGAGAUGCAACUUUGAUGUGUUAUAUUAAGAUGGACUGGUCUCGUUUGGUAUUUAUGAUGUUAUAUGGAUCCUAAUAUGCCAAGUUAAGAAGAAUUGUCCUUGUUUAAGGUGUUAGAUAUAGACCUUAAAGGACCACUGUAGGCACCCAGACCACUUCAGCUUAAUGAAGUGGUCUGGGUGCCAGGUCCAGCUAGGGUUAACCCAUUUUUUUAUAAACAUAGCAGUUUCAGAGAAACUGCUAUGUUUAUGAAUGGGUUAAGCCUUCCCCCUAAUCCUCUAGUGGCUGUCUCAUUGACAGCCACUAGAGGCGCUUGCGUGCUUCUCACUGUGAUUUUCACGGUGAGAGCACGCAAGCGUCCAUAGGAAAGCAUUGUAAAUGCUUUCCUAUGCGACGGGCUGAAUGCGCGCGCAGCUCUUGCCGCGCGUGCGCAUUCAGCCGACGGGGGAGGAGGAGGAGGAGGAGGAGGAGAGCUCUCCGCCCAGCGCUGGAAAAAGGUAAGUUUUUACCCCUUUCCCCUUCCAGAGCCGGGCGGGAGGGGGUCCCUGAGGGUGGGGGCACCCUCAGGGCACUAUAGUGCCAGGAAAACGAGUAUGUUUUCCUGGCACUAUAGUGGUCCUUUAAUAUGUCAGAUUAAGAAGGACUGUCCUUGGUUUGUGUUUAUUGUGUUGUAUGUACCAUAAUGUGUUAGAUUAGGAAAGCUGAUCACCAUAUCGGUUGAUGACAGGAAAUGAGCUUGUUGAUAAACUUUCCUUGAAGACCUCACAAAAGAGCACUUAGUGUAAAAUUUUUAUUCCUGAUACUUAGAGCAGCAGUAUUUACACUGGGAAUUUCAAUUCCUCACUUGUGGUUUUGGCAGCAGCUUCACACAAAUGUUUUGCACUGGUGGUCUGCUCGCCAUUUCAGAUAAAUGACAAAAUCAAAUGCAGCCCUUUCCGAGCUAAGUGCUGGAUUGUUUGCCAAAGAUGAAGUAUUUCUGGUGCAGACACAAGCAGUGUUGUCAGAUCAGCUAAGACUGCAGAAUUGUUUCCACCCCAACUUCUGAAUUUCACUGUCAUUUUUGGCAAAAUGAAAGAAUAGCUGAGGUCUUCUAAAAAAAAAAAAAAAGUGUUCACAUGAGUAUGUAGCCAUCAACGUGCACCAAAACUAGAUGUAUCUUUGGCAUCUGAGAAGUUAACAGGAGCUAAGACCCACCCCGUAAAUCUUCAUAGAAAAAAGCCCAACAUUGUGAACAUCUGCGGGACUGUUGUAAAGCUGUCACUCCUUAUGUCCUUACUGAACUUUGCACAGUGGUAGCCAUUUUCUAAAUCCAUUUCAACCUUGCAUAUGGCUGUUUGUUCUUCUGAUGGUAUUAUGAUGAAGAACACAGUACAGCUGAAAGGCAUGAAAAAAAAGAAAUAACAGUACCUCUGGCCUGCCUGCUUGCACAGUUACAUCUAGCAACAACACCCAAAACUAGUCUACAAUGGCCACCAACUGUCCAGCUGUAGAGAUAAUCCAACUUAAAAUGGGCAUUCUAAGAAUGGGAAGAUGACAAGGAAACCAACAGUUAGGUACAUACCUUCCAACUGUCUCCACUUACGAGGGCCAGUACCCAAUUUGAGACCAAAUUCUGUAUCCUAAUAUCCUUCUUUUUUUAGUAGCUCCAUAUUGUUUGUGUAUAACAGAGCUCCAGAGCAAUAAUAUUCACAUUCAUGUGUCUUUAAACUACUAUAUAUAUAUUGCAUUGUUAUUGUUCUAAAUUGCAUUUGUGUUGAUUAAAUUGUUCUUAGUAAGCAAUUUAAAAUGCCCUGGCCACCCCCCUAGUCAUGGCCCUGAAAUAAAAGUGUCCCUCUUUGCCAAUUUGAAAUGUUGGGAGUAUACUAGUAAUCUAUAUAUUGUGCUGAUGAAAUUGUCAGCAUAUGUAUAGCUGAAAACAGAAGUGUCCAAAUGUUGAUAAUGUUGUCAACUACCAUGAUGCUUUGCCAGCUUUUAGAAACAUUUUUAAGAUCUCUUCUUUGGUCACCCCUCACUUAAAACUUAUUCUGCUACCAAAUGCUUUACAAAUGUAUUCUAACAUUUGAGUUGUUUGGAAGGCCCCCAUCAAGCCUAUGGUUGCAUAUUUGCUGGAUAGCAUUAACAUGCCAACUGAUGAUUGGCUAAAAAGCAUUUGUAAGCAGUUUGUUUCAAAUUGUAAAUGUCAACCAACUUUUUGAAUAUUACGUCUUUGCACUUUGUAGCCCCACUUGGGAUAUGUUUGCACAGAACAAAAAUCAGGAGACUGUGUGGCAUUUACCAAAAUUGUCAAUACACCACAUCUGUAUUUUUGCAUAAUAUGCACAGUUCUCAAAUUUGUAUGUAUUGGGUCUUUUCAUUAAUUCAGCCGAAUAGCCUCUGACUUACAUGUAGCUCUCUGUGUUUUGUUUUGUUUUUUUGUCCCUAAUCUCUUAUGGAACAUGCUAUGGAUUUAAAAAUAAAAAUAAAAAUGAAAGUACUACUGUGAUGGAAUGACUGUGAGCACUAGCGGAAAACGCUUUGCUGUCCGGCUGCGGUGCGCAUUGUGUCUUAUGAUACUCAGCUAGCGGUUUGAAUGCUCGGGCAUUAUAGGACACAUAAAGAAUUACUGGAAUUUCAAUAUCUGUAAUGUUUAUGAUACAUAUUUUAAUGCUUUUCUUCAACACAAUAUAAUAAGACAUCACUGUCUGUGUCUUCAGAAUUUUUGUGCAUUUCUUGUUUCCUUCCAUUAUUUCUCAAAAAUACUGUUUUAGGACCUUCUAACAUUUAUUUCCUGCUAUUAUUAUUACAAUUACCGCCCUCGCUGUUUUUUUUUUAUAACUUAACCUUUUUUAAGUGCUAAAGGCUAAUGCACUGCAGUUUGAAAAAGAAAAUGCCCAGCUAUGUUAUUGCCAAGGUUGGCAUGCUUCCACCUGACAUUUAAAUGGGAUUUAUUGACUAAACAGGGAGUUGUGGUGCGUUGACAGCCAAAUCGUACUGUUUAGGGCAAAAUUGGCAAGUCGGUGUGUUUUGUUUUUUGAGUAUUAUGUGCAUACCACCGAAGUGCUUUUGUAGGACAUUCCUGAUUUAUUGCUACUGUCCUGCCAUCCAAGGGAAUUAUUUCUCUGAUCUCUCAUCUUUGAUUACACCAAUGAAAUUUCAUUAAAAAAGUCACCAUAGGUGCAUCAUUAUGGCUGGUCCUUUUUUUGCCUGACAUGCAUUACCAGCUCCAACUUCAGAUUUCAUACCUUCCAAUGUUGAGAGGUAUAAACUUUGGCUUGAAUUUUUUUGUGCAACUGAGUGACAUCGGGCUGUUUUCCUUUCAUAUUAACCAAAAUAACAAAAUUGACAAAGUCAUGGAUUUUGAGCGAGGUACUUUUAUUCUUUCUCGUCAUGUUUGUUUUUCACAAAAAUCUGUUCCAGGAACACAAGAUAAACUUACAAACAUCACCAGACUGAUCUUGUGAAAGAUUUGGACUGGUGUCAAGUGCUUGUGUUUUUGGGUGUUGCGGAUGGGUGUGGUGAGGUGUGAGAACGUUUUAGUGGGUGCUGAGCAGCAGGAAUCUGGACUCUGUCCUGUGCAACUCGCAGACUCCAAUAAACUCUUGCUUCAGAAAACAAAUGGGGCCAUUGACAGAGCAGCCCCAGGCUCCUACCAAUUUCAACCCAAACAUUGCUUAUCUGAUAGAAAUGGGGCCCUAGGUGAUACUGGGGACCAACACAAAGAAACUAACAUGGGUGAGGGUGGGGAGAGGGUAGAGGUUGCUGUUUAGCCAGGUUUAGAGUAGACGUUGCAUGUAAAAUGCUUCUAUGUAUAGAUUUAUAGUUCUGUUUUGUGGCCAUCUAUGUAGGAGAACUGAUUGUUUAGUCUGAAAAUCUGGGGCCUGUUUGUCCCUCAGCUUCACAUUUCGGCCUCCCUACAUCACAGAACCAAGAUUGAGAAAAAUAAAUGUUCACAAAGAGGUUAAUGGCAACAAUCGUGUGACUUGCACAUCUUACUUGUCCUAAAUAAUGUAAUUAUCACCCACUUGAAAGAUUACCGUGCAUCACUACAGGGAAAGGAACAGCAUAUUUUAGAACAAAAAGGAGAAAAUCCACAAGUUCAGCUGUUUCAGAGCUAUUUGAAGUUAUUUUAUCUAUACUAUUUCGGUCUAACAUUUGGGAUUUUUUUUUCUUCAUUUUUCCUCAUUUCCUAGUUUAGUAAAUAUUCCAUUGUGUAAUAAUAAAAGCAAGGAUUCCUCAAAGAUGCGUUUACAAAAAAAAAAACAGGUUCUGUUUUCCACCCGUUUUGUUGUAAUUCCCGGGUUUUGUGCUGUUAGUUCUCGAGUGAUCUCUUGGCAGAAUAUCGGUGCCAGCUUUGCGGAGAAAUUGACUUGUUAUCAUAGCUUCCCAUAAUUACUGCUGCAGUCUACAGCACUUAGAGAAUAGGGUAUAUCAAAGCAUGUGCUAAGUGUUUCUGACAGAGUUUGGCCAACUUGUGUCUGAAAGAAACAUUAUCUUCUCCUGGAAAAUAAGCUAAACCUGCUUAACCCUUCCUUAUCUCAGGAUACACAGCCCAAAAAACCCAGCAGGGUGCCUAUUCGCUUUUCCUUUCCUAGUGGUGCCUGCGUCUUUAAAUAUCAGGGUCGCCAACACAUGUUGCUGAAUUACAAGCCCUAUAAUCCAGAGACAGACUUUGGGUAGGCAAAGACUGGUGAAGGAUGAUGAGACAGUUCGACAAUAUUUAAAGAGCUAAUUUUACCAGCAUACCAGCCUGCUGAUAUUUGUAUUGACGUAAACAGGGUUAUUCGCUAAAUGCUUAAUAGUACGAAAUUAAAAUAGCUUAAUCUUGACUACUUUUGCUUGAAUGUUGUAAUUCUCAUUUUAAUGUCAUAUAAUUUAGUGUAGUAAAUAAAGCCGUAAAAGGGAUAUUUACUAAUGUGAGAAUUCAACAGGGAUUCAAAGUGAAUUUCUCUAGGCUUUAGAGUAGCCAAACUAAAGGCAUAUCUGGCUUAUAGAAUUGUUCUAUUUUUAUUAUUUUGACCUUAACUGUGAAAUUCACGUUGAAAUCACUGUUCAUUUUACUGAAUAACCCUGUAUGUAUCUGUUCACUAAUUAAGGAGCAUCAGUGAUAUUUUUCUGUUGUCUGAAGAGUUAUUUAGGUUUGUACUUAGCCAUUUCCCUGUUUGCUCAUCUCUACGUGCCUUGCCUUUAUUUUACAGAUUUACCCUCUCUUUAGUCCAGUGGUCCCCAACCAGUCCUCCAGCCACGUCAGUUUUUGUCAGUAUCCCUAUUGGACUAGAAAUGAGAAAUGCUCUUCUGAAGAUUAAAUGAAUUAGUUUGAGAAAGUGUCAAUGAUUGGCUAUUUUGUAUUACCUUAAUUUGUGCUGAUAUAUUGUUUUCCAUGAUACAAUUCUUUUAUAUAGUGCCGACCUAUUCUGCGGCGCUUUACAUUUUUUUUAAUGGAGUAAGAAAACAGCAAAUAGUUGACAAACAAAUGUAAGAAAACAGAAGCAAGAUGCGAAAAUGACUGUACCCAAACAAACCAUUAAAGCAAGAUAUCAGCAUGGCAUCGUCUGAUGUUUUCAGUGAUUAAUUUAAUGUGAGCUGUCCUGAUGUCUCCAAAAUGCCAGGAGAUGUUCUUUUUUACCAUAUCAUUUUCAUGGAUCUAAAUACCCAAAUUGAAAAUUGCUCACUUGCAGUCCUCUUUGCCCACAGCCAUCGCUCUAUCUACAACCAUAAAGUGUUGCAGAGAGGGUAAUUGUAAAUGAGCAGGCUUGUUGCCGCCAUGUUUAUUUUCAUGGUUACAGAGUUUCAGUCAUGCAUUUGAUAUCUUUUCAGAAUAUCCCAGGUAUAGGUAUGCAUAGGUCUGAAAUCUGGAAUUUUAGUUCAUUAAACCCUAAACAAUUUACUGGAGGCCAUGCCAUGCCACAAGAUUUCCCACCCUUUUUUUUCCUUUUUUUGUUGUUGCUAGUAAUCCUCUUUUUGGGCCAUGUUUUUAUCAGUGUACAGUAAAUUUGGCUUCUGUUGCUUUAAUAUAAAUAUAAGAGCAAAUGUAGAGUCACAGCAAACAAUGCUAACAAAAGUUAUUGGGGAUUUUCAAUGUUUUAUCCAAUGGUGUGGUUUUUGGAAAAGUGAUAGUCCGCUUGUAUCAUAUAGAGCUGAGGUCCAUAAUAGCUCAGGCAUCUAUCUAUCUAUCUAUCCAUCUAUCUUUGUAUCUAUCAUCUAUCCAUCCAUCCAUUAACUAAAUACCAACCAGUGUCCAGCUGCACCGGGACACUGCUGUAUGCAUUUAAUUCAGUCAUACCUUUAUUUUUAUUUUUUUGUAAAUCUGUUUCAGUCAUACCUUUAUUAACCUUUGAAAACCCAAUGACUAUUCACGCUAUCAUCACAGUCAUACUGUCAGACGAUCCCUGUGGUCUAGAAGUAAAGAGCCACAGGCUACACGGUGCAGGGUGAAGAGUCAGGUAUAUUUUGUUAUGGUCCAAAAGACAAAACAAAGACAUUUUGGCCGUGAGUCCUUUAUCAUGUCCUUGUGAUCUAGUUUCUGAUGACAUCACAGUGAGCAAAACUGGCUGGUAUUUCAAACUUCACCUGUUGGCAUGUAAUGCUAGAGCUUAUAGGGUUAAUCAAAUCCGUUUUCUCCAGCCCGCGUCCCGCAGACUGUAUCAUUCACGUGGCCCAAACAGUGGGCGAAAUCAAAGACUCUUAUUUCUAAAAUCCAUACAAGAUGUUACUGUUUUCCUCUACUGACACUCUUUUGGAUGAAUGUCUCCCUCCACCCUCCUUCUCUCCCUCGUUUUAUCCCUCUCUCUCUUCUCUCUCCCUAUUACAUCUUUAUUUCUUCCUUUCAUUCUCCUCUCUUCCCCUUUCCUAGUUCCCAUUCUCUCUCUCUCAUGCUAUGUGUCCCACACACUCUCACUCUCUCUAAUUUACUCUCUAUCCCUCCCUUCCUCUCUCACCGCACUCCACUCCACUCUUCUAUUUAUUUAUUUCUUUUUUUUAUAGCAGCCUUAAGAAGGAGCUUGGAUAUUUAGCACAGCUGGUGCUCAUUACAUUAUGCACUAUCAAUAAAAUACCAUGUGUAAUUAAUUUUUAAUGCAAUGCUGUAUGCAGUUCGUUAAAGUACUGGAUGUGGAGAUCUGACAUUGUCCAUUGCUAUAAAAACAAAAACAAAAUAAAAUAAACAGAUAAGUAAGUGUUUGGGAUUUGUUUUUUUUUUUAAAUGUGGUGGAGUAACCUCCAAGCAUUAAGAAGAGAAAGUUUAUCAGUUAAAAUAAGCAUAGCGAAGAAUUGACAAGUGAAUUGUAAAUUAUAGGCCAAAAUAGAUGAUCUAAGACAAUCUGAUUUGGAGAAUGUUUCCAUAUUGGAUACUUUGGCCUAAAAAUUGCAAUUCUCUUGACAGUUUUUGAGGCUCAGUUCUGUCCUCUUUCAAUGCUGCGGACGGGAGGGGUUUGCCUUGUAAGUGACAAUCUAUGACAUAUGCUACUAAAUGAAGCAAUUAAAUUAAGCAAAAAAUGAAGAAAAAAAAAUUACAGUAAAAUUAAAGCGCCCUUCAUGGGUCCUCACUGUUUAUACACUAUGUGAUUGCAAUUUAAAAGGAUUUGUUUCCUACUAAACAAAAUAAAAAAAAUGUUAAAAUUAAGACACGUUUCAGUAGCAGCAAAUCGCCCAUACUGCUUCUUAUUGUUGGAUCACAGCCAGCAAAUUUCACUUGGGUUUAUUUCUUUGUUAGAACGGUUAAACCGUACACAAAUUCUGCAUUUCUGCAAGAAGUGGGGUGAGCGAGUAAUUCUGGAUAUUUUAUUUUACAUCUAGGCAGUCAUGUGACUGAAAGGCAGGUGGGCAUAUCUCUCUCCUUUGCCCAAAUUCCUUCCCCCGUUAAUGCGAAACGAGGACAGGAGUCCUAUGGGAGCUGUGUGAAUUUACAUAGCCCAAAAGAUGUAUUAUUGAUUCCAGACAGUCCUUUAAUCUGCGCCCACUGACCUGAAUAGUCCACAAAAAGAAAAAUUAUUAUUUUUUUCUAUGAAAUUGUCCUGUCACAGCAAGUUAAUUUAAAUGCACUUACAAAAAUGUUCAUUUCUCUAAUGUAAUGAGGAGAAUAUAAAAUUCACUCUGAAGUUGUGUUGCCCAACAUAGACCAAUUUCAGAUUUUUUUUGCAUGUCCUUAGUUGAACCAACGAUGGAGGUUACCCUGUCUUAACGUACACACUCAGAAUCAAGUGAAUAUUCCAAGUGCAUUUGCAAUGGUCCAUAAUAUGAAGUUUAGAGCAAUGUUGAAGGAAUUACAAGUGUAAUGGAAUUUAUAAGGGUUACUCCCAAAGACCAUACCUACUUCAGUGAUUUGAAAUGGUUAUGGUUCCUGGAGUGUGUACAUGCAGCGUUUCUGCUGCCAGUGUCAUAGGGGUGUCUGUCAUCAGCCAGCCCAGAACUAGAGUUAAUUGGCUAAUGUCUCUUCUGUACAACUACACAGCUACAACUAAACAGUCAUUGGCUGGGAGCGGUCAGGUGACACUCUCAGAUAGCGAAUGCCUGACGCCUGUCCACGGCUCCCGGCUUCUGCAGAUCACUAGCCCACUAGGGAGCAUAGAAGCCCAGCAGGGACUCAGAUAAGGGGACGAAUCAUAGCUAAACGGAUUGCUCCAUUACUGGGGAAACGGGACAGGGUACUCCUGGCUUCAUCUGUAGUAGUGAUGGUGCUUGGAGUAACCCUUUAAAUCAAAACUGUUAAUUUGGAGAGAUCCAGCAACUUUUACAUAUGUUAUAUGUUGGACUAAAAUUUGAAAGUCCAUAGUCAGUUUUUCACAGUUCCAGCCAGGUGAGCAGUAAUUUGUAUCUUUUUUACAUUUUUUUAUUAUUUGUGUGGUUUUUUUUCUACAGUUAUUUGACCAAAACGUUUUCUUAUCUCUGCACCGAAAACUGAUAAUUACAAUGUGUGUAUGUUUUUUUUCUUCUUCUGAGGUUUUUCUCUUACUGUAAACUACAUACGCUUUGGGCCAUCUGUUCAAUACAGGAAAUUCAUAUUGCUCUCUGUCUUUUCUUCCAAGAGCUGUUGCAGGCUUGUGUCAUUGGCAAAUGUCUUUAUACUGCUUCUGAGGCUACUAAAUGACUCUUUUGAUGCUGUAGAGCAAGCAAAACCAAUGCACAAAAGUUUUGCAGCACGAGGGGACUAUGUGUUUGUAGGCUGUUGCUUGUAAUGAAUACAGAUAUUUAGUGCGCUCGAGCAUGACACAUGACUUCACUAAUCAAAUCCUACUCCUGCAGGUUUAUUCUUUUUUUUUUUUUUGAGCGUACUACCUCAUUGGGUGUGUAAUCGCACUCCUGCCUGGAGGGGUGAAUGAGCUAAAUGGAUCACUAAUUCAGACGCACUGGUUAAAACUCCAAAAGCCAUUGGAGAAUAAACAGGCCCGAGAAAGCACUAAAACAAAAAAAGAGUGGAGACUAUUAUACUUUGAGUAUUUAAUUCAAAUUUUUUUAAUGUAACUCUUUUCUGCCUGGACAAAGUUGUUAAACAUUGUUUGACGUCAAAAGAAAUCCUAUCAUAAUAAUUCUGAAAUAAUAAUGCAUCCUAAUGUAAGUUAUGCAUUUGGUGGAGAGCAGAUUAGUAAAUAUAGUCACUUGCACAACAUGAUGCAUUUGUUUUAAAAUCUGAAUCUCAGAAUGGAAGGAAUCCUCGUUAUUGGUGCUGAGCGUAAUUUAGGUAUAAGGGUUCUCUUUAGAACUUGUGAAGGAACUCUCAUCAUCUAAAAUCGAGAGCUAUAAAACCGUUGAGAGGAAAAUGAAAUAGAAAUUGGGGUGCAGUAAUGAUGCGGUGUUCGUCAAUGAUUAAAAAAAAAAAACGGGGAGGUAGGCUUGUAUUAAUGACAGGCUUUCCUGUUGGCUAGUUAACCCCAUAUUGCACAUGUGAAAGAAUGUUCUGCAAUGGCGUUGCACAAUGCAGUGUGGAUAAACAGACACUCUAAGCAACAUGACUUUCAAAGGCCCCUGUACUGGUUAUGUUGACUUUAAUGCACUAUUUGGGAAAAAUCGGCUAGACAGCUGGACAUGGGGUUCAAAAUCGGAAAUACCCUCCUGGAUCCUGGUCUGUUGUGUGAAAUGAUUUUCAGAAAUAUUUUCAAAGAAUAGAGCUAGUUCAGGAACCUUUGUCAAUCAUGUUGUUUCUAGGUCGAAGUGACAGUGAUUCUUCAUUUUAAGUAUUGUUUCUUCAAAAUAAGCAUAUUUAGAGAAGGUCAAUAUGUUAUGGCGCUAUUUUAAAGCAGACAGGGCCUGCUAUUUGUGCCCUCUUAUCUGUGUAUUUCAAUUCAAGCUGGAUUCUGAUUGGUUGGAAACUUACCAGCCAAUGAGAAUGUAGCCCUGAUUUCAAGUCAGGUUGGGUGUUUUUUUUGUGUGUGUUUUUUUGCAAUUUUCAUUACCAGAUUUCUCUAAAAUUCAUCAAACAGCAGCAAAUAUUUAGCAGCCAAGUCCUAUAAUAAUAAUACAUUUAUUAGAACUCUCCUAGAGUCCAACGGCAUCGGUGCUAAUAAAACUCUCUUGGCUGUGAGCCAGUAUAGACAGCCACUGAUACUCUAGCUGCCAUGGACUGCAAUUCAUAGUAUGACCAAGCAAAAUUUAUUUUACCUGUGCUAUACCUUAUACCUUGUCUCUAUGUUCCAAAGGUAGAGCAUUGAACAGCUUUGCUGCGCUGUUUGUGCAGUGUAAGUGUUGCUAACACUAUUAUUUGUGUCACUAUUGGGAAUUUUCAGUGAUGUCUAACCAGCUAUUGCAGACUAUAUUUCCCAUAAUCUGUUUAUUUGGCUGAUUACAGCAGAAAACUAAUUUAUUAACAGCUACAAUGACUCGGCUAACCAUCACUGACCUGUGUUUCCAAUCUCUUCCAUUAGGCUUAGAUCAUGUUAGAAGAAACUGCAGUAAUCAGCGCGGUCUAUGGGGAUUGGUGAGGGAUUACGCAUAGUGCUGCGCAUCUACUGCCAAAGUACUACUUAUUUCUAUACCAACAGAACAUUAUUAAUUUCCUCUUUAUUUUUGGUAUCGACUUAUCAUUUUAAGUCCUCCACCUCAAUGUCGAAGAAUUCAAAUGAAUAUUAGCAGUUUCAUUAUGUGGCUUAUGCACUUAAAUGGGAUUUGAAGAAUUGACAAGAGAAUUACAAAUUAUAGAUCAAAAUGACCACUUUGGAAAAAAAUAUUUUUCCAGCUUGGCUCGUUCUGUCUAAAAUUUGUAAUUCCCCAAUCAGUUCUCACGUCCGUCCACCCUAAAGUGUUUGUAGUGUUUUUUAUAUUUUCAAUGUACACCGCCAAGAAAUACGAUGGCGCUACGUAAGUAACAGUUAGAUAAAUGUGUAUAUAUAUGUAUAUAUGUAUGUUUAUACAUAUUUCUAUGUAGCUGCAUAGUUUUUUUUUUCCUUUUUUUUGGAUGGCUUGAUAUUUGUGGCUUUGCAUUAUCCAGACCUCUGGAGAAAUCAUUCAGACCUGUGAGAGAGAAGCGUCAUUUUUUAAUUUCAUGUUGAAGCGAAGCCCUGAGUAAUUUUCUCCUUGUCUAUUCCCAUUGCAUCCGCCACAAUGAUUUUCCAGGCUUCUCGGAUCAGGAUAAAAGGCUAUUUUUUAUUGCAUUGCAAGAUAUAAAAGCAAAUAGAGUGACUGUCUGUGAUUAUUUUUCUAGGCUUUUUUUUUGUUACCUGCCUCCCAAAGUAUUGUUUUGGUGGGACUCCCCAAGCACUGUCAUAUUUAACAUCUCUUGUGACAUAGCAGUGAGAAAAACUGUUGUCUCCCUCAGUGUGUGCAUUGACUAAAGCUUCAGACAGAGAAGCAUGAAACUGAGUCCUUGUCAUCCUUGGGUAGGGCCGGGUGAAAUCUCAGGUUUCAUUUUCGAGGAAACUUUGGCCCAGGCCAGAUUAAGAUCCUUCAGUCCAAACACCUGUAGAGGCCUGAAUUUUGAUUUCUGUUCAAUUACAAAAUAAUCAACUGUGCCAUAGUUUCCAUUCAUUCGCAAAAAAAAUAAUAUGUUAUUCUUUUUUUUGUUUAGUAAAUGAGAACCACAGAGCAGCUCUCUAUCAGCUUGUGCAUACAUCUUUUUAUUUCUUAUAAACCUUUGUUGGGCAUUAAUAAGAAAAUUAUUUGCAGGUGGGGGAAAAGUGCAUGUUCUUAUAUGAUGUUAAGUGUUUUACCACUGCAAAGUAGUGGAAACUCAAGUGCAGAACGAUUUAGAAACAAUAUUAAAGGGUUACUCCAAGCUUCAUAACCACUACAGCCCAGAGUACCCUUUCCUGGUUGCCUGGUAAUGGGCCAAACCAUUAAACAAUGCCCUCCUACCUGGGUUCCUGCCAGGCUCCACGGCUCCUCAUCAGCUGAUACACUUCUGGUUUCUGCAGAGGUGUAGAAGCCGAAAGUUGAACCAGUCUUCAUUCGUUGGCUGAGAGCGGCAGCUGACCACUCUCAGCCAAUGAAUGGCACACUGUUCAAAAAAAUUUGCACAGAAUUGACAUUAGACUUCUGGGCUGGUUAAUGACGCGCCAAUGACACUGCCGGAGGUGUAGUUACACUUUUGGCUGCUGAGAGUUUAAAAAAGUUCAGUCUCACUGGGGAAGCUUAAAAACAGUAUCUCCAAAGCAAUAAUACCCACAGUAAUGUGUCUUUAAAAUACAAUAUUUUAUUUAGAAAUCAGUGUAAAUUUGUUUUUUAGUAAGUCACCUAAAAUUUCUUAGAACAGCAUCUCCUCUGGCCUAGUCUGUCUGGAAUGUUGGGAGGUAUGCAAAGUUGUAAAAGUUCUUGUUUAGAACUUUUCCAUCCAAAUUUUAUUUUUGAAAAAACAUAAUAUAUAAAAUGUAUAAAUUACACAUAUAAUUAUAAAUAUGAAUGUCCUAAUUUCCUUUAACCCGUUAAGGACACAAUUUCUGGAAUAUUUCCGUCAUGUCAACCUUAAACUAGAUUUUUCAUUUGUUUGUUUGUAACUUGUGGUCAGGUGAGUGUAAAUUGUUCCCUGCUGAUCUACUUAUCAUAAUGUGUUGCUCAGAAAUCACUUUAUAGAUUUCUUUUAGGCCAUGCACAUUGCGCUAUAUCACUUCACCAUUAAGCUGUAAGCAAAUUCUUUUCAGCACGCCAUAGAUUAAUACCAUUUAAAUAUCGGGCUUAUGUUGGCUUUUACAGCAGAUGCUCCUGUUUGCAAAGGGAAUUACUGUGUAACUACCAUUGCAGUAGAAUAGGGACAUUGUCGCUUUAACGUAAAGUUUACUGGCAAUCUAUCUGUGCCUGGUUUCAUUUAUACUGGAGCCAGCCUUACUGUGCGAGAGCCGUCUUCAUGUUGAAAUUAGUCUUAAGCUUGCUUCUGUGGCGUUGCCAAAUUUCAUGUUUGUGUUUUAUUUAGAAUUCUUUUCACGGCCAGUCAGAUCCAUCCAGGCGCACAUACGCACUGCUGCGCCCCACAAAUAAAAAAGAAAAAAUAAGGAGAAAAUUCUUGUUUUUUUGCGGGGGGAGACGGGGGAUAGUGGGUGGGAGGGGGAGGCUGCAAAAACAAAAUAAAUAAACAAGACAUUUUCUUUUCUCUCUCUUUAAAUAAUAAAAAACAAGAGGGGAGUGUGGGGGUUUAAGCUAUUUUAACCAAUUACAGAUGUGUUAAAUAGACUUGCACAUGUCAAUCUCCCAAGUUUUAAUUAAAAAAUAAUUAUGGCUUAAUGGCUUGCUAGCGACAAAUGUGGCCGAAUGGUGGGGGGGCACAUUAUCUUAGCAUUGCUUCAUCUUUUACGCAAACAUGUUUUUUUUUUAUCCUUGGCUGCUCGGAAUAGAUAAAAUUAGAAGAAGAUGCAGAUCAAUGGAAAGGAAUACAGUAAUUUCAGAAAGCUUGCCGGAUGAAUAUUCGUUAAAAUUGUGCUCUCUGCCAAUCACCGCUUCGCCAGAUCUAUGAUUUAUAAUGCAGGCAAGGCUUUCACCAGUUCAGCGAUCCAUUCAGCUAUAGAUCAGAGAUAGCAAAUAGAUAGCUAUCAAUCUCGCAUAGAAUGACGACUCUCAUUAUGCUCUUACAGCCCAGAGUGAUGGGAGUCAUAUUUGUACAGAGCUACAUAUUGACUACUUAUCUUAUCCUCACAAAGCAUCAUGGGCAAUGCAGUUCUGAAUACCAGGAAAGGCUGCCUUAUGGCCUAUAUCAUAUAGAUAAGUUUUGACAUUUUCUGACCAUCCGUGAUCGUCUGAUUCUUCGUCCAUCUGUGGUUGAAUUACAACUUCUUUGAUUGUCUUCCAGUGUAUCAGAAGAAGCCUUCUCAUUGUGUAAUUGAAAUCACUAUCAUGUUGUUGACUAUCACAGUUCCUUAUCUAUGACAUAAUUCCCAGAGAUAGGAGAUUCAGAUAUAAAUAAACUAGUCAUUUUGCUAGUCCAAGGUUGCCCAAGGAAAGACCAUGCGUGUGAUUGCAGUAGACUGUCUGUGGACCCUGACCUUCCAGAAUGCUAUAUGAUUGUCUUUCUUAUAUUAAUCACCCAUUGAUCUUUCAUAGUCCACCUUUGAGUUUCCCGUAUCAGUAACAAUGUUGUCCAGCUUUUCUUUUGUAAAUAAACUAGUAAUAUAUAUUCUUAUUUUUGUGUUACAAAAAUAUGGAAUAAUUGCAUCAGGCCAGAGAAACAAUGCAUGUUAUUUGGUGUUUAAAUUAUGUUUAUUAAAAGCUUGAUUUAAUACAAUGGAUCUAUAAUGUUACAAGUGGUAACACCUAAAGCAUUGAGGAUGACAGUAAGGCCUAGAGUCAUGUCUCAAGAAAAUGUCAAGCAGAACAACACAUCCUUAUGCCCAUUUCAAAGGAUACUUGAGAAAGACACAGAAUUGGGCAUCAGGACGGAAUAUUUGGCUAUGGUUUUUUACUUUUGGCAGAAGAGCUCUGCCUCCCUCCAGAUCAAUCUGCUUGAUAACUGAGUAUUAGAUCCUAGAUUCAUUUGACAGAUUGAAACUUACUGCUGGAGCAUCUUCUAGUGAACUGCAUUGCUGUGUGUUUUGUUGCCAAAAACAAAGUGCUGACCAGAAUUACUCAUUGUGAGUCUGACCAAUUCUUUUGUGAAAUUAUUUCCAAGGCUGCCAACAUCAGUGCAUUAAUAGGACAACAUAUGGAUUCAUUGGUAUUUAUCCAUCAGCUGCCAACCAUGGCAGAUCACACAGAAAAAUGGCAAACCAUAGAGUUGAACAUGUAUCCACCACGGCUAGACUGUAAGGGGGGCUUUGACAUUGCUAAAGUGUGAUUCGGUUAAGCCAGAUCUUGCGAUGGGACAACUUUAAAACAUACAUUUGAGAAUGUUUCUACUUUAAGAGGUCCCUUGUCAAAUCUUUGCAAUUUUGAGUCUAGUGAACAACCAUGUUUGUCUGGAGUGUUUGUUUAAGAGGCCACAGUUACGGAACCCUUACCUCGUUUUCAUUUCAGUCCGGUGCAUUUAUUUUUUUUAUUUUUAUUUUGGUUUAACUUGAUUUGUUCUUAUACAUCUCAAAUAUCUAAUUGCUGCUGUUGAGAAUGAUUAAUGUCCAACUGAAAGGAGUCCACAUCUAUGAAAGGCAAUUGCAAACAGAUGCUUGUUAUAUCCAUCUGUUCUCCAUUCCAAAAAUGCUAAGGCUACCAGCCCACAUGCACAGACACAAAGACGCAUGCACAGACAGACAGACGCAUGCACUGGCAGGGAGACAAAUACAAAUAAGCAUCGACUUGUGGAUACAUUCACACACUGACCAACAAAUACAUACGUGUACAAAUGCCCACACAGACAGACAAAUGCACAGAUAGAAAGACACAUGCACAUGCAGACAGACAGAUACACAUAGAUGUGUGCACAGGCAAACAGGUAGGUACGCACACGCACAGACAGAAAGAUGCCAGGACAGGAAGGCUGAUAUACACAUCAACAGACACAGCCAGACAUAUAGACAGAAUCACAGGCAGAUACACAAGAGAUACAUGUUUACAGAGACACACAGAUGCAUUUGUGCUAAUGAGGUUUAUUUCAAUUGUAGGCCAUAAAAGGUGACGAGGAAAAAUUCUCAAACUCAAAUUGUAAUUUAUUUACGUGGAGUUCUUCCACGUAUCGCAGUUUAGUGAACACAUAUCUAAGAGUCUGGGUUCUUUCUUUCAAUUUAAAAGACGAAUGUAGUUUAACACGGCACAGGUCACUGAAUUCUCCUUUAAGAAUGAUAGACAAUGCUGGGAGCAGGCGGAAAUCUAGAAAUCUGAAUUUUUAUUUGUAUGUGAAUUUGCAAUAUGUUAUGUUUUAAAAUCCUACAGCUGGAAGCAUGCAGCUAGUCUGAUAUCAAAAGGACUCGUGUUUUCCCUUGUUGUAUCUGCCAAAAUUGAUAGCAGUUACUGUGUAUCUGUUGCCUAUUUUUAAUGUAUCAAAUCAUCUCUCAACUUGGCGCUUCUCACGCGUGCUCGUUGCUGUGCUCCCCAUCUCUCCCUCCCUAAAUCCCUCUUACAAUCCUAUACGCACUCUUUCUCUGGGAUUUAUUAACUAAACUUUGAAUUGUAGCAAAUUAAAUUCCGAAAUAGCAAAAUUUAGACACGAACAGCCGAGCUGUAAAUAUAGCUAAGUCUGCAAAUUUUUUUGAGAUGAGCUAUUUUAACCUCCUUUUGCCAUUUUAAUUUCUAUUCUUUACAAUUCGGAGUUUAGCGAAUAAACCCCAUUCGCGUUUUUUGCACCUUUGCGUCAUUUUCCCUUUUCAUUUCUCGUACUCUCUGCUUUAGUGUCCCUUUAAAAAAAAAAAAAAAAAAAGAUAAUCAGUGGAUUUAUCAUACUAUUCACUUGCCCAAGGUAUUUUGCUCUGUUUAUGUUGGUUUUUAGCAUUUGAAUUUAUUUUGUAGAAAUCACACUUUUGACUUGUUCAUUUAUAGCCUCAUGUCACCCAAGAAAAAACAGCUACUGCGAUGAUCCCUGCUGAGUGGGUUAUAUGUGCACUAAACAUACAAUCCUAUUUCCCAUGCAUUUUUCUACAACAAUAGGAGCAGGCAAGCCUUACCCAUGUAUUUCAGUAAUGAAAAGGUUAAACAAAGGCUCAAAUCUACAUUAGUUUUUUUGUUUUUUUUUUCCACUUAGAAUUACUAAUUUAUUAAUGUUAUGAUACUCUGGUUAGAAAAAAAAUUUUUUUUCCAAAGUACAAAAGUCCAUGCAACUGUUUGUAGUCAAUGGUUUAUAAUUCAGUUUAGGAAUGUAGUAUCCUCCUCAGUUUAACAAAAAAAUUAAAAUGAAAAUCUCAAUAUCGUCAGUAACCCACUACAUAUUCAUGCAAUCAUUCUUUGCUAUAGUACAGUUGCUUCACAACAUACGGUAACUGGCCCGGAUUUUAAACAAAAUAGAUUUCUUGGUUAAACCAUUGUGUUGUACUUGUCAGGUCGAAUUUUCAGUUUGAGUGUGCAGCCCAUGAAUGUUACUUUUUAAAAUUAGCUAAUUUUAUCAAAGCACUACACUUGUAACAAAUUGUGUAGCAAUUAAAAAAAAAGUCACAUUUAUUGUUCAUGUGCAAAAAUGCAUUCAACGUAAAGCCUAGCAGCAAAAUAUCUGCUCUGAUCAUUUCAUUCUUCGCUAGCAGGCCUGUGACUAAGAUGUUUGGGCUAAUUACAUUUUGAUUAGCAAAGUCCUUAAGUUUCAGAGCAAAUUGCUCUGCAAAUGCCUAUAUUGUUCGCUUUGUAACCUUAAUAAAACUAUGCAAGAUUUUGCGAUUGGUGCUGUUGCUGAAGUGAUCAGAUGUAUAGACUUGAUUUGUUAACUAAUGUCUUUGUUGAAUCACAUAUUGACCACAGACUCUCUGCACAGGAAAGGUUAUUGAGAUCUGCAAAUAUAUAAUAAUAUAUCACAGCAGUAUUUAUUUGUUUUAUUUCACUAUUUAGAUUCAUACCUGGAAACAUUUUAAAUGGACAAAGAGGGACAAUUUGAUUUUAAGGUGUUGUUAAUUAAAACAAGAAUUAAGUAUCUUAUUUACAUGAACAUUUUAAGAGGGGCAGUUCCUAUUUAUGACCCAAAUCUGUGUGUCCCACUCUUCUGAUGUUUCGUUUCACUUUACAAGGAUCUUCAUAUUUUAGCAUGUCUGAGUGUAUAACCGAGUUUUGUAGCAAUAAAACUCACAGCAAUGUGUCUUUUACACGAGAGAACGCAGUAUAUCCCCUAUCCCUAUAUUUCCGUCAUGAUUCCCUUUUAUUCCAGAAGUUGUGUCCUUAAAGGACCACUAUAGUGCCAGGAAAACAUACUCGUUUUCCUGGCACUAUAGUGCCCUGAGGGUGCCCCCACCCUCAGGGACCCCCUCCCGCCGGGCUCUGGAGAGAGGAAGGGGUUAAACACUUACCUUUCUCCAGCGCCGGGCGGGGAGCUGUACUCCUCCUCUCCUUCUUGCUCGCGACAUCAUCGGCUGAAUGCGCAUGCGCGGCAGGAGCCGCGCGCGCAUUCAGCCGGUCGCAUAGGAAAGCAUUUACAGUGCUUUCCUAUGGACGCUUGCGUGCUCUCACUGUAAUUUUCACAGUGAGAGGCACGCAAGCGCCUCUAGCGGCUGUCAAUGAGACAGCCACUAGAGGCUCUGGAGGCUGGAUUAACCCUCAGUAUAAACAUAGCAGUUUCUCUGAAAGUGCUAUGUUUAUAAAAAAAAAGGGUUAAUCCUAGAGGUACCUGGCACCCAGACCACUUCAUUAAGCUGAAGUGGUCUGGGUGCCUAGAGUGGUCCUUUAAGGGAUAAAUAACUAAGAAACUUUGUUUUGAUUUACAUUUUUAGUUACAUAAUCGGACAUCAGCAGGUCAUAAAGUUACCAAAAAUGUCUGGGUAUAGCUCUGUCCCUGACCACGCUCCCUACUUUGAAACUGUCAAUCCACUUGUUUGUGUCUAGAGAUAUGUACCUGUUAUUAUUAUUUAUGUUAUUUAUAAAGCACCAACAAAUUCUGUAGCGCUGUACAAAGCGUAUACAUACUACUAUCUCACAAGACACAUAAACGUUUGUCGUCUUGGGAAUCUGUGUUUGUUUUUAGCAUGUUACAGGAUUGUUACUGGUGCAAAAGAAUAGGUUAACCGCUUUACAUUUCGCUCUUGCCUAUUUAUUUAACCAUCAAUGGUGUUAAACUCAACUUCAUAUGUUUUGUGGUUUCCCAAGAAGCUGGCUGAGCAUUGUUGAAAGUGGUUUUACAACACCCAAGGUGCCAGGGUUAGCCUUCACUGCUGUAGCUUUUUGGUUGCUUUUGUGUUAACCUAGGUAAGUUAUUUAUAAAGCCAAAUAGUUCUUGUAGGUGAUGUGUUUUUUGCAGGCGUUGUUUGAAGGUGACUGUGAACUCGCCAGCCCCAGGGUUUUAACUGGAAAGACAGGGUGUAAACCCUUCCUCCUUGAGAGGAGAUGGCUAUGACAGAUGUAUAGUUCAUGGAUGUUUUGCAGUGUGUGAGCCCCUUUAGGGUGCAUUUUUAUAUUGUAUACAUAUACAAGUUGACACCCCCAUUUAACAGCCUCAGGACAGAUGGCGCUCUAGGAUUGCCAUGAAACAAGGUGUUAAGGGGAAAUCCAGUUGGUCUCUUGCAAUGUAUAGUGGUGAAUGGGUUUGAAUGUGACCUCAUUUUAAGGCAGCCUACUCUGUGCCAUUGCACUUUGACAUGGUGUGCAUGAAAGGUUAAACAGAAUGAAAGACAUGUAAACACCAGGCAGAACUGACUAGACACCAGACAGGCCUGGGCUGACAAUUUAACAUUCUAGAAUGAAGUUAGCUAAGGUAGAACAACAGCUCCCAUGAUGCUUUGCCAGAUAGCGUUUUUUUAACCUGCGAAAUCACGCAAAAUUGUUAAGUUAGUGAUUACUUUAUUUUAUUUUCUAUUUCCAAAGUUUGCUAUUUUGGCCUGGAUUUUGCUUUAAUUGUUCUCAUUUUAUAUAUAUAUAUAUAUAUAUAUAUGUAUAUAUAUAUAUAUAUACACACAGACACAGGCCACAGGCUUGAAUGAGGCAGGUGAGGUAGGAUUUAAUUUUAGAUGAUUAGAUUGACCUCUCGUGACUGCCCCUUUAAGUAUGUGAAAACGGAUACAGGGCAGUUUUGGCACUUGCGGAUAGUAAUUCAUUCCUUCGACAACAAUCAGAAUCCAGAGGCGGCUGAAACUUCCCCUCUAAUUGAACUGGGAAAGGUAAACUAGUUUCAGGGCUCUGCACACUGUAAUUGCAAUAAUUUAAUUUAGCUAUUUAACCUGUAAUUCAGUAGUAUUUAUUAAAGAGCAUUGGAGAAAAUGAGGCCAUUAGGAUCCAGAGAUGAAUACAUUGAAAUGAAAAUGAACACUUAUAACUGCUAGUUGACCUUGAUUUUGUCGCAGUUUUUAUUAGGCUGGUCAUGGUAAUUACCGGGAUGUGAAUCAUAAGGAAAAGUGAAUAAUUCUGCAAUAAAUGAUUUUUAUUCUUCUGAGUUCGCGUUUGCGGAGGUGCCUGGCGAAGGUGCAGUUGUGUUUAUUUUUGGGACAAAAUAAAUGGAUCGUGGAUAUUUUGGCAGCAUUAAAAUCAAUUGCUCGACCUCUAUUCUGGUCGGGGGCAAGAAAAUCUGUUUUUAUUGUACAGAGAUCGUGGUUUAGAAUGUGUAAUAGUUAAUGGGAAUGCCUGGAACAUAUGGGAGAGGAAACCAGGAAUGUUGAUUCAUAUCUUUAAAGUCAAAGGAUCUCAUUAAUAAAAGCUAUUUUAGUUCAUCUUUGACUGGGACUCUGUAAUAAAUUUGCUUGUGGUUACUGCAGGCUAUUGGUUUCUUACAUAACCAUUGCUGAUGGAGUGGGCCUACUACAUAUUUAGCAUCAGGUCCAGGGUGCUUACGAAUCAGAGCUAUUCACUACGCCAAAAAUUGUGAGGAAUAAGCAAGGGAAUUGCAAAUGUUAGGCCUGUAUUCUAAAAAUUGCUAUCCCCUUGUCAAUUAUCCACAAGCCAAUUUGUUUGGUUGGGGACACUAAAUAAAAUUUGCAGUUAUUAUGUUUGCAUAGAAAAAUAGAAUAUGUGUUAUGUAACCUGCUUGUCAGCCAUUGUUUUGUUUUUAAAUGCAUACCUCUCAAGUGUCCCUAUUUAGGAAGGACAGUCCCUUGUUCGCACCCUCUUUUCUAGGAGCUCCAUGUUGUUGGUGUACCUGAGUGGAUAAUACUCACAGCAACGUGUCUUUAAACUACAAAAAAAAAGUGUGUUUCGAAAUCAGUCUGUGUAAAUAAGAUGCAUUGUUCUAGUUACAAAUUACAUUUGAAUUACAUUUGAGUUACAUAAGUUGUUAUUAGUAAGUCACCAGCAAAAUUUCAGAACAGCCCAGCCUCUGGCCACAUCCCUAAAAUGAAAGUGUCUGUCUCUGUCCAUUUAAGAUGUUGGGAGGUGUGAAAAUGUUUUAAUGCAGAUGCAGACUUGAUCUUGCUGUGUGUUAGUGAGUUAGUGAAAUGUGCAGAAGGAAUAUUAAAAUGAACCAUAAACUAUAGUCAAACUAGAUUAAAAGUGUAAACUGACUAUAGCACUCAAACAGUAACUACACUGCUCUACAAUGUAUCCACCUAUUCAGUUUUAUCAGUGCAUAUUAACUCAAAUAUAGUCCAAAGAUGGGCCCUAUGCAGUGGAUGGUUGAGAGUGACAAGUAACUUCAUGGUUGGCUCCACCCCCGAGGAAUACAUUUUGGCUGGAUAUUGAAUUUAAUAACCAUAGAGGUAUAUUCACCAAACAGGAAUUGUGAAGCACAGGCAAAGGGAUUAAAUUACUUUAAUUAUUUGACCUGGAAAUAGCUCUAAACAGCUAAAUUGGAAUGUUUUUUUUUUUUUUUAUUCUGCUAAAAUUUGUAAAACAUUUAUCUGUUCUCCCCAAUUCCCAGAUUAGUAAAUAACCCAUUAGAGAGUGAAGCCAUUCAUUUUGUGGGACAGUAGCAUUUAUCCUACAAAUGUCACGUGCAAUACAAUUCUGUACUCCUGCUGUAACUCCUGUUAAUUUUAUUAAUGAGCACUGUGCAGAGUAUGGUAUGUGCAGUCGCUGUCUAAUCAUAGUCCCUUGAUGAUCCAAAAGUACUCUUUGUGUCAUGUACUGGAACUUUAAAAUCCCUUCAUCUGUUCUGUUGCUAAGGAACAGGGUCAUUUGUCAUGUAUUUUAGAAAGGGGGGUGGGUGUUUGAAAAUUGCAUGUAGUGUAGAGAAUGCGAUGCACACAUUCGAUCAUAUCUAAUUCCCAUUUAUAUUGCUGGGGACAUCCUGACUGCCCAGCUGCCCUCUAAAAGACUCAGAGCUGUGGGAUUUUGUGAUGCAUGAAUGAAUGCUGGGACGUGUGCCAGGACGCUGCUCAUACGAUUCUUCAUCAUUUAUUACCUUCCAGUUUUAAUUGUUUUCCUGUUUUUUUUUUCUUCUUUUUUUUUUUUUUGGUUGAGAUAUUUAUCUAGAAGGAAGAGGGCUUAUUGCUAGGCCCCACACACGCUUAUUUGAAACCCACCGAUGUAGACUGGAGAUUACUGCUCAGUCAAAGCAUGUGUAGCCACCAAAUAAAAAUAUUACCCAUAUUUACUAAGGGGUAUAGUCACUAAACAGUGGUCUAUGCAGAACUGAAAAUCCAAUUGACAGAAGAGUCAGGAAAAAGUAAAAGCUUAUUCAGUAGAAUUUUUACAACUUAGCCAAUAUGGCCUACAUUUGGUAGAUUGUAUUUUCAUUUAUCGCACUUCAACUUUUAGUAGAGAAAUCUUAUUUAUGUGUUUUAUCAUUCUAUGUAACAUAAGUAAAUAUUACAUGAUUGAUGUGAAAUUACACCAUAAAAUGCAUAUUUAUUCCUUCAGCCUAUGUUCUUUUAUUGGACUCCAAAAAUCAACAAUAACCCAGGUGCAGCUAUGUUUAUGGUGAUUGCUUGCUUUAUGAUACCUUACCUACUCGACACGUACUUCUUAAAUGGCUUACGUCAAGAUGUUCUGUAAUUACCUCCAUACAGUUUAAUUCAAAAGAAAUAAAAAAAAGCACAGAAUAGGGAAAUGCUCUCAGUAUAACACUUUCUACUAUAGUUGCUCUGCAGUGAAGACUUUAACCCUUUAAGGACACAUGACAUGUCUGACAUGUCAUGAUUCCCUUUUAUUCCAGAAGUUUGGUCCUUAAGGGGUUAAAGGAUCACUAUAGUGUCAGGAAAACAAACUCGUUUUCCUGACCUUAUAGCAUCCUUAUGACCCCCCACCCUCAGGGCCCCCAUCCAUUGGUGCUGAAGGGGUUAAAACCCCUUCAGUUACUUAUCUUAAUCCAGUGCCGGGAUCUCUCAGCACUGGUGACCUUUCCUGCCCCUCUGACGCCGGCUCCUGAGUGGAGCAUAAUGCGCAUGCAAACAGUCCAUAGGAAAGCAUUUUUCAAUGCUUUCCUAUCGAAGUUCUGCACGCUGGAUGCAAAUUUCGCAUCCAGCGUCGCAGAAGCGUGUCUAGCGGCUGUCAGGAAGACAGCCACUAGAGGAUGGAUUAACCCUGCAAUGUAAACAUAGCAGUUUCUCUAAAACAGCUAUGUUUACAUCUGAAGGGUUAAAACCUGGGGGACCUGGCACCCAGACCACUUCAUUGAGCUUAAGUGGUCUGGGUGACUAUAUUGUCCCUUUAAUAAUAACAACACUGAGUGAGUUAAAGUGGCACUGUCGAAUUCGCAAAGUACCCCGAUGGUGACAAGUCCGCUGGUGGUCGGGUGGCCAGCGGGGCAGGUAAAGGUGAGUUUACUCGCCUUUAUCUGUCCAUCGUAGGUGCAGCCAUCUUAAGUCCCUACUUUGUCACUGUAUAUCUCUUGACUUGGUUGGAAUUUCACUAAAAUUCCAACACAAUCAUAAUGAGUAUUUCAUAAAAAUUCUAUCUUUAUGAAAUACUAAUUUUUCAGGGGGAAAAAGGAGGAAAUGAGACAGUGCUGCUUUAAAAAAAAAAAAACAAGAAAAAAAAACCCUUAAAGGGUCACUUUGCGCACCAAAAUUACUUUAACUUUCUGAAAUGGUUAUGGUAGAAGUACCCCGUCCCUGCAGAAUUUCAAUAGCAACAUUGUUAAUCCUUAGAAAAUGGCAGCCUUGAUUGGCUUUAUCACUUCUGUCUAACUUUAGUUAAGUUCAUACCACUUCCAGUUACUGUGCUGGGAGUAUGACUGCACGUAAAGGCUAUUUGUGCUUCACUGUGUUGCAAAAUAUACCAUUCUCUAAAUAUGUUUUCAGUUUGACUAUUUUGUCCUAAAAUUUGAAUUUCACUUUGAAUUUCUGGUAAUUCACACUUUGGUGAAAAACCCUGAGAGACUUGUGGUAAACUGUAUGAACCAGAAUAAAUUAGAUAGCAGGCAGAUAAGUAGCUAUAAAUGUAGACAUACCUCCCAACAUUCCAAAUGGACAAAGAGGGAUUCUUUCAUUUUAGAGGUGUGAGUGGGGAUGGGGUCAGGGCUGUUUUGAGAAAUUUUAGAUGAUUUACUAAUAAUAAUUUAUGCAACUAACAAGAACUAAUGAUCUUAUUUACAGACUGAUUCUAAGCACAUUUAUUGUAGUUUAAAGACCCAUUACUAGGAGAAUUAUUGUUGUGGAGCUGUUAUACACAUAGAUACAUCAACAACAAGGAGCUCCUGGAAAAGAGGGCCUGUUUCUCAUAAAUAGGGACACUUGGGUGGUGUGGGUUCAGAAGUCCAUGAUCACUGGACCUUACACUCUAUAAGACUUCACAGGGUAAUAUAAAGGAUUUAACUGGUCAAGGCCUUCCAAGUUCAUUUACUAACAAAAUACAUUCAAUCUUUGUUCAUAGAAGGGCUACUAAACUGGUUCAUGGAUUGCAGGAUAAAACUUAACCAGGAAAGGUUAAAGGAUCUUAACAUGUAUAGCUUGGAGGAAAGACGACACAGGGGGGAUAUGAUAGAAACAUUUAAAUACAUAAAGGGAAUCAACACAGUAAAGGAGGAGACUAUAUUUAAAAGAAGAAAAACUACCACAACAAGAGGACAUAGUAUUAAAUUAGAGGGGCAAAGGUUUAAAAAUAAUAUCAGGAAGUAUUACUUUACUGUUAGGGUAGUGGAUGCAUGGAGUAGCCUUCCAGCUAAAGUGGCAGAGGUUAACACAGUAAAGGAGUUUAAGCAUGCGUGGGAUAGGCAUAAGGCUAUCCUAACUAUAAGAUAAGGUAUUUAGAAAAUUGGGCAGACUAGAUGGGCCGAAUGAUUCUUAUCUGCCGUCACAUUCUAUGUUUCUAUGUUUCUAUCGUGUGGGCUUUGUUCACUGAAUUGGUACAUGAUAAUAGAAAAGAGGGACUGUCACUCCUAAAUAGGACACUUGGGAGUUAUAUAUAGGUUAAAUUAAAAUACCAACUGUGUUUAUCAACGUCAUAGAUACAAAUGUAUAAAGAUAGUAUAAAGAUACUUUUUUUUUUUUUUUGAAAAGCAGUACUUCACAUUUUGCCAAUGGUAAAUUGAGGAGGUCUAUGAGGAGUUGGUUAAAAGAGGAAGCAUGUCAGUCAAAAUAUAUAAACACUAAUAUUUAUACACUCGAUCCUUGAGAAACAUGAUGCUCAUAAAAUAGCCCAGUACUUGGGUUUUGGUUCAGGAAUGUUCUGCUGGUUCUGGAUGUGACUGCAUGGCAUGCAAUUGAGCUGAGUUGACACAUAUUUUUCAGUAGCAACGCCGGUAAUACCUUCUAAGACAUGGGUUCAAUUUUACAUAUAUAUAAAACAAUUAACAAAUAUGAAUUAUAUUUUAACAGGCGUAUCUUACUUAGAAAAAUCCAAAAAAAGGGGGGUGGGGAGGUGGGGGUUAAUAACUAACUGGAAUCUCUAAAAUGUAAGCCAAACUAAGAAACUUUUCUAGUGUAUUUAUAUCCAGCUUUUGAAAAUGUUGUCAGUUCUUCACAAUUCCCAGUUUAGGGACUAAAUACUGUAAAAUCAGCGACUUAUUAAAUUUUGACACAAAGUAUGACGUAUGACAUGAUAUUUGCCUAAUCAUUGGUCCUUAAGGGGUUAAAACUGUGGGAAAGGGUGUAACCUGGCAACUAAAGAGUUAAUUCUUAUAGCUCAGGGGAAAAAAAGUCCACGUGCAGCAGUGUCAGCCUGCAAAUAUUUCAUACACACUGACUAAGAUGUUUAUUUUUUUUAUUUUUUUUUCUCUUUUUGCUUCCUAAAAAAUGCAAAAGGGAAUUUUUUUUUUUAUUUUUUUUUAGAUUAGCCAAUUAGUGAGUGAGGGGAUUGCAGGGGGAAUUUAAUAUGUAACAGACAAAAUCCAAAUGAAUAUUGUAUAGCACAGAUUGAGCACACGAGCAGCUGUGAUCUUGUAAAGUAAAGACAUCCAAAGAUUCACAGGAUUGUCAGAAUAUUUUGUAUUUUGUCCAGAAGGCACACAAGUCUCUCCAUAACUGAAGCAUUUUAUGGAAAACACCAGCAGAUUUAAAAAGAAAAAAAAAAAAGUGGAGUUAUUUUAGAACUGAUUCGUUGUCUAUUAUACAUUUGAAAGAAUUCCGUUCAUGCAAUCCCCGGCUUUGUAACGUCUUUGUUUCUAAUGGAGAAAAUGCUUUGGAUUCUCCUUUUGCCCCAAACAAUUCAGGAGGGUUGUGCUGCUUUCGCUCUGUUAUUAGAAAACGCGUGGCUAGGGCGCUUAAAAUGAGAGAGCUACUGUAUGCAAGAGAGAUAUUCUCUAUGUGCUGUCCAAGAAACGCCUGCCAAGUCAGCGUAUGAGCGAGAGCCAAACAAAACACAGGCGUCGUUCCAGCGAAAACCGGCGCACUUCUGCAAAUAGAGGAAAAAUUGACUCUCAUUCUAGUGUUUCUAUUGCAGCACUGAUUGUAUUAAAAAUAGCUUUUAGGCAGCAGGCUCUCCUAGGAUUUUAAAUUCUUCGCAUUCUUUUAUUACAUCUCUUAUGUAAUGAAUACUGAUCCAAAGAAGGAAAGCAGUUUGUUUUGCCUGGAAACAUUUUCCACGUUAUUUUGCCAGCAGAAAGGAAAGAGAGAGAAAAAAAAAAAUAUAGGGACAAAAACAUAGUGCCUGAAAGGAACUGCAUGCUAUGACAUCACUUCGUGACAUCACUUUGCAACGUAGGCAGUGAUGAAAUGAUCAAGAAUUGAUCAGAAUAAUCAGAUAUUUCUUUUUUCUGUUUGAAGUGUAACUAACAUAUAUAUAUAUUUCAUUAUUAUUAUUUUUUUUAAUUAUUAUUAGAUUUACUUAAUUUGCAGUUUUUCCCCCCAUGUUCUUACUUUUUUAUUUUUACAACAAUCUACCAUCUAACUGACACAAGGGGGAAAUAAUGUCUAAACGUGUGUUCAGUCUGUUUUCUCCAAAAAAGGGAAAUCUAACAUUUUGCACAAGACAUGUAAACCUUAAAUAGAUCACAGCCCCCAACUCUUCGAUCUAGAACCACCCGAUCUAUUCGUCCCUGUGCAAAAACACAGGUCAUAACAGAAAGAUAUUAGCUAACUCCACACGGACAGACUUUAUCAGGACCCAGGAGCCAAUUAAGCUUUUACUGCCCCAUAUGUGUCAGAUAGCCACAUUUCCCUGACUGAUGAACUAUAUCUGGAGCAAGGCCAGCUUGAGGCUGACACAGAGAAAAAAUAGACAGAAAAAAUGGACUGGAACAAACAAAAAUUUCAUCGCCAACACAUUGCAUUGAAUUAUUACAAGUAUCUCGGCUCCUGCCUGCUAAAACACCAUUAAGUUGAAACCAAACCCACACAAAUAAUAUAUAGGUAUAAUGCAACUUGCCCAAUUACGAACUUUAAAGCUGGUGACAAUACAUUUGUGCGUUUGUGAAUGCUUAAUGUGUAACUAGCUAGACAGCAGAAAACAUAGGGUCUACUAUAUAUUUUUUGAAUUUGAAUUUAUUUCUACCUAUGGCAUUCCUUUCAGGUUUUAAAUUAUUACACACACACACACAUAUAUAUAUAUAUAUAUAUAGUUGUAUUCUGUGUUUAUUUGUGAAACUUACAAAUAAAUAUCAAUACUUUGCUGUAAUUUCCAAUAUUUAUAUAUAACAUCUGUAUUCGGUGGUAACACAUAGUACAGGGGUAGGCAACCUUUGGCACGUUAGAGCUUGUGAACUACAUUUUCCGUAAUGCUCUUACAACCGUAAUAUUGGCAAAGCAGCAGGUGAGAUGUGGUCCAAAACUUCUGGAAUGCCGAAAGGUUGCCUAGCCCUCUCGUACUGUCUGUAUGUAUAUAGCGACCAUACUACCCUUUUAAAUGAUUAUGCAGAUGAAAAAUGCAUCUGGCAGGGUAUCUCUUAUUUUAACGCGUCCCUAGAGUACUUGCUAUAUAUUCAAUAAGUCUUACAUAUACUACAAAAAUGAAAAUUGGAAUGAUACGUUCGGGGCAGCCAGUUUCAAUCGGCACAUUUUUGGAAGACAGAUGAUUUUGGAUUGACGUGGUUGAAUGCCAAACAAUAACUGGAUUUGCUCUCUUGAGGAUUAAGAAUGAUAAAUUUGGUCAGCCGUGGUGGGUGCCGAAAUCAUCUUGUACGGGAGUACUUGUUGACGAGCCGUAUGCUGGCAUUUGAGUGGGAUCUUAAUUCAUUCCAUCAGCCAGCUUUAAAUUCAGAAAGGGUGCAAAUGGCAGAAGCUUUCAGCCCCGGCGAGACUGACCAGCGUUCCUUUCUGUCUCUCAGUGAAGUCACAUGAAGGAAGUUGGCAUUGUCAAACGGGUGAAAGCUCUGCAGAAGUGCCGCAGGUUUUUCAUAUGGAAAUGUGAAAUAAUGGGGUGAUUAAAUAGAGCUGUAUAUUAAAGUACAUCUGACAUUAGAAUUAGCAUAAUGUGCUCUAGCCCCAGGCAAAGUACUUUAUUUGCCAUCUGCGUUGGACCAAAAUCCCCCAGGGAAGCACUAAAAUAUUCUGAAUAAACUCAGCCCAGAGUUCUUAUUGAGAAUAAAAUACCAUUUGUGGCACGUCGUAUUGAUUUGUCUUAAUUGCAGAGCAGAAAAGAACAUUCAGUUGCUGAUGACUUUUGUGCUAGGUGACAAGUCGGCAAAAGAAUUUCUUACACUGCAGUUGGUUAACCUGAACAGACUGUUGUAUGAAGGCGAAGUAAAAACCUUUACCUCUAGCAGAAUUAACCGCGGCGUCAUAAAAAAAAAAUUGAACUCAUUUUCAUUCGGCCUCUCUACCUUGGAUUUUAUUUAGGAACAACAAGAUCUACUCAUUUUCCUUUUUAUUUCUCUUAUUUUUUUUUAUUUCGUGUAACCUUUUAACGCCAUGGGCUAAACAUGAGAUGAUGUCAUAAACGUAGACAACUCCUCACUUAAUUAAUUUGUUACCUAAAUGUUGUGAGAGGCUGAAAGAAGUAAAAGGUUGCAUUUGCGACACUGAAUCUAAUUUGUUCUCCAUGUCUGGAGGAGAUAAAUAAAUGCAGUAUUUACCUCCCCUCCUCCCCCUUUACCUCUCCCUAAACCUUGAAUGAAUUAACUAAGCAGAUUGAUAUGAUAUAUUUUUAUCAAUCCCUAACAGCGGUUUAGAACACAUUUGUCACCAAAAGAGUAUUUGUUUCCUGAAACUCCUCUGAAACCAAGUAUGUCAAAUUUAAUCAAACAUAUAAGAAUUCUUAUUGCCGUGCAGGUGCGAAAUUCAAGGAAUGCAGAUAAAAUGCAGACUGAAAAUAGCAACCGCGCCAAAUUCAUGCAGAAACCAUGUCGUCGAGAUAAAAUAAUAACGUGGCGUAUUUCAUCUAUAGGGACAUGGGAAAAAUAUCUGCUUCCCAAGGAUGUCACCAACAAUUAGACAGGACAGUUUCUACCCUACAAUUUCCUCUUAUUAUAUGUAAUUUAAAUACUAAAACUUUCUCAGCCGACCUUAGUCUAUCAUGUUUUAUUACUUAUUCAGAUCAAGGGAAUAACCUUUAGCUUCAGAGACAAUUGCGAGAAAUUUACAAGUGCCUAAGCUGCUGUUUUCUUGUGUUAUAUAAAUCCCAGUGGGUCUAAACACUUUUUCUAUAAUGUCACUCGAAACAAUAUACAUAUAUUAGUUCUUGUUUGUACUGCACUGUUAAUGAGUCCCCUUUGUAUUAAAUAACCUAUAUAAUACAGUGUUCGUGCUCUGUAUAGCCUCAAUUAUCUCCACACAGAUAAAUGUACAAUGCAUUCAAAUAAAAUGUAAAUCCAUCAGAAUAUAUACUGGAAUUUGAAGAGAGAUCAGUGAAAUAGAUACUGCAAAAAAAGAUUUCACAAUAAACCUGUGCUAACAUUUUUUAAUAUAUAAUAAGCUACAUCAAGGGAAGUAUUACAACACACUUUAAUGGGUGUAAAACAUUGCUUAGCGUGUAGAUUGUUGGAAUCCGAGCAAUGAGAGCAAAAUGAGUUAAAUCUGUCUUGACAGAAGAAGCAGCCAUUUUGCUUAUUUAGUAAGUAAAAAUACUGUGUGUAGUGAUGUUUUACGUGUAAAAUCUGAAACAUCACUUGCAUCUCUGUUUAUACAUACUGCUCUUUACCGAAUGGUACUGUUUCCAAGUCUUUUUAUGUUAAUGAUGAUAGCAUAGCAAGAACAUUGGUACGUACAUGGUAUCCAUCCUUCCAUUUUAUCCAUGUAUUGUAUCUGUGCCUGGUAUCCACGUAUUGUAUCUGUGCCUGGUAUCCAUGUAUUGUAUCUGUGCCUGGCAUCCACAUAUUGUAUCUGUGUCUGGUAUCCAUACAUUGUAUCUGUGCCUGGUAUCCACACACUGUAUCUGUGUCUGGUAUCCACACACUGUAUCUGUGUCUGGUAUCCAUGCAUUGUAUCUGUGUCUAGUAUCCAGGUAUUGUAUCUGUGCCUGGUAUCCACACAUUGUAUCUGUGCCUGGUAUCCACACAUUUUAUCUGUGUCUGAUAUCCACGCAUUGUAUCUGUGUCUGGUAUCCACGCAUUGUAUAUGUGCCUGGUAUCCACACAUUGUAUCUGUGCCUGGUAUCCACACAUUGUAUCUGUGCCUGGUAUCCACACAUUGUAUCUGUGUCUGGUAUCCAUGCAUUGUAUAUGUGCCUGGUAUCCACAUAUUGUAUCUCUGCCUGGUAUCCACGCAUUGUAUAUGUGCCUGGUAUCCACGUAUUGUAUCUCUGCCUGGUAUCCACGCAUUGUAUAUGUGACUGGUAUCCACGUAUUGUAUCUCUGCCUGGUAUCCACGCAUUGUAUAUGUGUCUGGUACCCACUUAUUGUAUCUCUGCCUGGUAUCCACGCAUUGUAUAUGUGUCUGGUGUUCACGCAUUGUAUCUGUACCUGAUAUCCAUGCAUUGUAUCUGUGCCUGGUAUCCACACAUUGUAUCUGUGUCUGGUAUCCAUGCAUUGUAUCUGUACAUGGUAUCCACGCAUUGUAUCUGUGUCUGGUAUCCACGUAUUGUAUCUGUGCCUGGUAUCCACGCAUUGUAUCUGUGUCUGGUAUCCACGCAUUGUAUCUGCACAUGGUAUCCACGCAUUGUAUAUGUGUCUGGUAUUCAGGCAUUGUAUAUGUACCUGAUAUCCAUGCAUUGUAUCUGUGCCUGGUAUCCACACAUUGUAUCUGUCUGGUAGCCACUCAUUGUAUCUGUGCCUGGUAUCCAUGCACUGUAUCGGUAUCUGGUAUUCAUGCAUUGUAUCUGUAAAUUAUACCCACACAUUGUAUCUGUGUCUGGUAUCCACGCAUUGUAUCUGUACAUGGUAUUCACACAUUGUAUCUGUACAUUGUACCCACACAUUGUAUCUGUGUCUUCUAGCAACGCAUUGUAUCUGUGCCUGGUAUCCACGCAUUGUAUCUGUGUCUGCUAGUAAUGCAUUGUAUCUGUGCUUGGUAUCCACGCAUUGUAUCUGUGUCUGCUAGUAAUGCAUUGUAUCUGUGCCUGGUAUCCACGCAUUGUAUCUGUGUCUGCUAGUAAUGCAUUGUAUCUGUGCCUGUUAUCCACGCAUUGUAUCUGUGUCUGCUAGUAAUGCAUUGUAUCUGUGCCUGGUAUCCACGCAUUGUAUCUGUCCACACUUUAUAUCUGUGUCUGCUAGAAAUGCAUUGUAUCUGUGUCUGGUGUCGAUACUUUAUAUCUGUGUCUGCUAGAAAUGCAUUGUAUCUGUGCCUGGUGUCCACACAUUGUAUCUGUGUCUGGUAGCCAUCGGUUGUAUCUGUGUCUGCUAGCAAUGCAUUGUAUCUGCGCUUGAUAUCCAAGCAUUAUAUCUGUACCUGGUAUCAUUGCAUUGUAUCUGUGCAUCCUAUCCAAUCAUUUUAACUAUGUAUAUUAUAUUGUAGAUUUAUACGCAGUGCCCAUGCAUGAUAUAAAUGCAUUGUAUUUGUACAUCGAAUGUAUAUUAUAAAUCCUUACACUAGAUCAGAGCAUGGCAUGUGUGCAUUGUUUUCAUACAUUGUAUAUCUGUAUAAAAUUCUUACAUUAUCCUUGCAUUGUAUCUGUCCCUCGUAAUUGUACAGUGUUUGGACUUAUUGUAUCAGUACAUCAUAUCUAUACAUUUUAUCUGAGCAUUACAUAUACAUGCCAGGAUAUUAGCUUGAACAUGGCCAUGACAAAGGCAUUCCUAUACAUUGUUUGUUUACUUUCAAGCGUAAAGUUUCCUGCACAAUAAUUUUUAUAUGCUCUUUUUCUUUUACCAAAUUACAAUUCAUGCAUUUACUAUUGACUAAAAUGAUUUAAAGGCACACUCCAAGCACCAUAACCACUACAGUGUGCUCUAGUGCUUAUAGUGCCAGCAGUGCCAUAGCACCUACUGUUUGCUAAUGUUGUUACUUCUUUGACAGCCAGCAGAUCAUUAGCUGUUCUGAGCUAAGUCCUACAGUACAAGGCCAGCUCAUUGAUGGAGAGCGUCCGCUGAUUAUUAGCAAAUAAAUUGACUGCUUAUACUGGGGAGGUGUCACUGCAUUCCUGGUACCAUAACUACUAAAUUGUGCUGUCGUGCUUGUGAUGCGUGGAGUGUUCCUUUAAUCUUCUCAUUAUAGAAUCGCAGACUCCCACUUUACUGCCAUGGUGUGCUUCCCUAUUAUCUGUUAUACUAAAUCUACUUUGUCGAUCAAUUGAAACUUUAACUUUAAACCACCUUGUUUUGUUCUCUAAUUUUUCUCAAAUUGAAACCAGAUUUCCAUUUAUUACUUAAGCUUUUAAUAUAUGUAACGUAAACCAAAAGAGAAUCUGGAAGGCCUGUGUCUUUUUUCCAAGUCUUACGUUUAUCCCAGUCCUUUCACCAUUAGCACAUUGAUUUCCCAUAACUAGCAUUGUUGAGUAUUAGCCACACCAAAUAUCUCAAGUGCAGAGCUAUUAUACCAUCUAAAGCAGGGGUUCUCAACCCAGUCCUCAAGGACCCCCUACCAAUCCAGGAUUUAGGGAUUACCCUGUUGUGUCUAAAGUGUUUGUUCACCCCCCCAAAAAAAAACACAUUAGACACAGCAGCUUAAUCCCUAAAUCUUGGACAGUUCGGGAGUCCUUGAGGACUGGGUUGAGAACCCCUGAUCUAAAGCCAUAGUAAUGCCAUAAAAUGGAUGUUAAGAUAACGCUCACAAUGCAGGUAUGUGAAGAAAACCCAUCUCAUAUAACGUAACAAGAUUUCCAACCAAAGUACAUUUUUAGAAAACUCGUAAACAGGCUGUGGCCGACUAUUAGUUUUUUUUUUUUUUGGGUUAACCACAAGCAAAUAUAAAAUAGUUUAAAAGUAGGUUAUUCUCUUUAAACUACAGUUAUAUUUAAAAUCCAUUCAGACAGUUUCUCAUAGUUAGGGUCAAAGAGUGUGCUUAACCUCCCCACCAUUGACCACAUUCCGACCACCAUCUUCCAUUAAGUAUGCAAUGUGUACAGACCUGAAUUUUGCUGAAUUGUUAGGUUCUAUUUUCAGGAAUUUUCUAUGUAUGGUUUGUUGAAGUUUCUCAAAUUCCUAUCUAAACAUUAAACACAAUUAGGAAUAUUUAAAAACUUAGAGCAAAAUAUCACUGCCCCUUCGUUUGCAAAUUCACUAUCACUUCCUUCACACAAUGCUACUCCUAUAAAUAUAGCAGGAAGUAAAGUAUCCCAAGGAUAAAUUUUCCCCUAAGCCACCUGGAAGUCAAUAAAUGCAAAUUACAGUACCAUAGUAUGACAACCUUUGCACAUAUAUUUAUAUAUGUCGCUGAUACACUUUUAUUUUCUUCACAGGUUAAGAUAAAUUCCAAUUAUAGGUUGUUGAAAGCUUGUCUAUGGCUCAGUAUUACUGUUUAUUUCAUAAUGAGAAGAACUAAAACUACUUUAUUUACAUGCACAUAAACAUUGUGUGAUAUGUGUGGAUGUAUUCAUACAUACACUUUUCUUGUGACCUUUCAAAGCCAGCAUCAUACUUACAUGUUUUUUCUUCUUAUAUUAUAUAGAGUAGGUAGGCAGAGGUAUAUAUUGGCUUGCAAAGCAUCAUGGGAGCUCAUUGUCAACGACAUCCUUUUUUUACAAAAUACGGUUGACAAAAAAAAUUGUGCACCCCAUACGUCAUAUUUGGUAGAUGCAAACCCUUCAGUUGACCUCCGUGCCAUUUUUUGUUGUUUUUGAGUCUUGAUUCUGUGCUUUGACAAUCAACAGCUCCAUUCUCAUUGGCAUUGGGAUGUCUUCCUUAACCUGAAUGCCAUUUUGGGCAAAUUUCUAGCAACAAAUUCACAAAAUCUGAAUGUGAAAAGUCAAUUUCUUUGAGAAUAAAAAACUAUUUAAUAGAAAUGAAUUAUGGGUAAAACGUGACCAUUUUUUUAUUUUUUUUUCCCCCAAAGAUGACAAUCUUCUUGUUUGUGUAUAGUAUCUUAGUCCAACAGAUUAUAAUGAUGUUAAGUAGAAUUCUUGUUGUAUUUUUCAUGUUUUUAUUGUGACAGCUACAUAGCCAAGCCCAGGAAAUAGAUACAGUAAUACGUAUACUUGCUUUAAAAAAAAUAAAAAAAAAUACUGACAAGUAAAAAAAGAAAAAAAGAAAAAUUCCUUCUAACUUGUCCCGACAGGCUAAUGAUGAAUAGAUUGCUAGUUUAAAGGAACAUAUCAAUGCAGUUUUUUUUAAGUUGAAUUAAUAAGAUUUUGUAAUCCAGGUUUAUCUGAAUGGAACCUUUCCUGCCCGUACACGUUCCCGUCUGUGUAUGCCGGGCUGAAAGUACACAUGGCAAGAGAAAAGAGAGCAAAUAAAGGUUUAUAUCAUUUAUAUGUUUUAAAUAUAUAGUUACUGUCUUUUGUAUCCUUUUAGUAGAGCUCUGUGAAUGUACCUAUUUAUUAAUUCCAUUAAAAAAAAUAAAAAUCAGUUUUGCUGAAACUAGUCUUUCAACUAGAUUUCAGGUUACAUGAAAGAGAAUAUUUAGAAGAUUGUAUUUAUACAUCAGUUGUUCCAGGAACAUUGCAUAUUCUAGUUACUUUAAUUAUGAUUAAAAAUGUAAAUUCAAGUUGAAAUCUGAUUGGCUGAAAGUACUAAGCAACCAAUCACCACACAACAUGGACUAAAAGUGUAUGUUUUUUCUUUUCAUCAUUUUCUCGUUGUUGCUCUCUUUAAAAGUUAUCUUACAGUGUUAGUCUACAAAUAUUUGUUAGUGCCUGCUAUAUCUUGUAUAUGACAUCAUAUGGGGUAUACCUGUGAGAGCCCAAGGUGUUUAAUAAGUAUUUCUGGAUAAAUAAGCCUAUAAAAUGUAUCUCUUGAAAUAUAGGAUGUUCCAGAUUGUCCAGACAUUUGUGAUUCCCAGUUAAAUAUAUACUAAAUUAGAGAUAAAAGUUUGAAUAAUGGUAAAAUGCUUGUAGAAAAAAAGAAAAUAAUAAUACAAGUUACUCUAUAAAUAUGUUGCAUUAAUAUAUGUGCUCCAAAAUGAAUUGGUCUUAUCAGUUAACAUAUUUACAGACACGUUAACAUAUAUUUUAUUACAUUUAAAAGCAACUUGGAGUCUGCCAUUAAUUAGUAAUGAUAGGAACUUGAGCAAUACUUAAAAUGUCUAGGAUAUCAAAGCAGAUUUCAGAUUUGUUGUAAGAAACUAAGAUUGUCUACAGCUGUAAUUACCAGCUUUAUAUAAAAUAUAAACCUUACAGCAAUCAAAGUUUAAACUAGUUAGUUCAAUAGCCUUCAUCUAUAUUUUUGUUGUUGUUUUGUUGCUAUUUUACAUGGCAGCCAUGUUGAUUUCCUUUCUGGAGAAUACAGUCAGGUGUUGUUCAUCUAUACCUGGCUGUCUGAUUCUUUAAUUCGAUAUUUCAGUUUUGUUUGCCUGCUGCGGGCCCCUCUCAAGCUUUGCAUCAUGGGGCCCCUGAGAAAGGCAGACAGGCUAAAGUUAAAAGAUAUAUACUUUUGUGAAACGAGUUCUAGAGUGUCAUGAAGUUUCUCAGUUACUUAAAGCUGCUAUUGUGGAGGUAUCUUGUCUGUACCUGUCUCUGUUUUGAACUCAGUGACGGAUUUAGGAUCUAAUUUCUGCCCUCGCUGCAUGUAUACCGAAAACCCCCAAAAUGCAGGCAUUGAAGGGGAAAAAAAGUGCUGUCUUUUUUUUUUAUCUUUGAACUGUAUGCUACAAAAACCUUUAAAACCCUGGUUUCUAUUAUUAGAAGUUUCUUCAUGUGCCUGUUCUAAAUUCAAAAGUCGGUGAGUUGUGUGGUAUCAGCUAUGGUAGGCCUGUGGCUGUGACCAUUACAUACUCAGUAAAAUACAAAAUUUGACUCAUGUGAAACAAUGUUUGCAGAAUUUAUUUUAUUUGAUAAAUGCAACUGGGGUGUUUGCAGGUAGUAAAGCAAAUAAACUCUGCUAUUUUGUUCACUGUUUAAAAGAUUACUUUAAGUCUGUGUCUGUGGCGUGAGGUAAACUUUAAAGAUGGUGGGAAGCCAAACUCUGCCUCUGAAUUUGACUCUACCCUCUGACUUGUUGGCUUUGCCCAUUGAACCCAAUGUAUUCAGCCCCUGACUCAAUGAGACAAUGUAAACCCAAUGUAAAGUGAAUUGGUGAUAUCAGAAAUCCUGGUAGACCAGACUCAGCACACAUGAUUGGUCUAUACACAGGGAAUGGGACAUUUAAAAAAAAUGUUCAGUCUUUAGUUGCUCAACUCCCCAGUAUCUCCAUCCAUCGAUAAUGGGGGAGAGGACACUGCAGAACUUAUUGUGACAAAUACAGCAUGUUUACAUUCUAAUCAUUAGUAAUUACCUCCUCUGCAGUGUCUAUAUUUAAUAUAAUAGAAGGUUUAUUAAGAAACAUCUAUGUGUCUGUCUGUCUCUCCAUUUGGCUACCUGUCCGUCAUUACUCAUCUCUAUUGUUCUAAAUCUAGUUUUCAUUUUUUUACACCUUUUAUUUUUUUCACUACUUCUCAUCAUAUAACUGGCACAAAAACUAGUUGCAAACAUCUCCGUCACUUAUUAAGUGAUUGUGAAUAAAUGAAGUAAGCCGUUUAAAUGUUCCGUAGAGGAUAAGUCUUUAUGUCAAAGUUAACAAUGGUCAGCUUUUAUGCACAGUUGCUGUGUAUAUAAAAAAAAAAAAAAAAUCGAAGUGAAUGUGUUAAGGUGACAUUUAUUGAGGCACUUAUUGAUCUACAGACCUUUUAGUUUACAUACUCUGAAACAUAUACCUGAUAGGAGCAGAAUAUGAAACAUGUAUCAGUAGGAAAUAUUCAGUUUUGAAAUAUCUAGUUGCCAGUGUUUUUCAAUAUAUCACAAAAUGUACCCCAUUUUACAAAAAAAUAGGAUUUUAUUUUAAACAGAUUGGACAACUGUCAUCAUAUUUGCACUUCUCGAUUUUUAAUUCUUUUUUAUUACAUUUAAUAAAACGUAAUAAAUUUUUAAAUAAUGCAUAUUGAUUUUUAUUUGUUAUGAGAACAUUUUACUGUGUCAGACCUUACUGUUAUCUGACCAAACACUGCUCAGCCUGACUGGCCUGCUGUUGCAAUUGCUCUGUAUUCUUAGUGUGAUCCUGUAGCAGUAGGCAAGUUAGACUGACCAGCAGGUGGCCAGCUAAAAGUAGAAUCUGACCCAACAUGGCUGCUCAGCCAGAUAAAAAAAAGUGACAUUUUCUCAAACAAAAUCAGUAUACAUCAUUGAACAAAAAAUCAAUAAGGUUGAUUAAAUAUAGCAGGAAUGUGGAACUGCACUCAAAGCCAUUUGAAAUGUAUCCGGGUGCACCAGACCAGUCCAGGCACUCUAAGGAUAAAAAAAGGCAAAUUUAUUGAACCCAAUGCAAUGUUUUGACCUAUAGCUUGACAAAGACCGUGUAGGUUGAAACGUUGCAGUGGGUUCAAUAAAUUUGUCUUUUUGUAUCCUGAGAGUGCCUGGACAUCUCUUCUAUUUUUCCUCAUAAGGUUGAUUAAAUGGCAUACAUGUUUAAAACACUAGAAGUAAAAAUGUGAUGAAAGUUUUAUUUUAAGCAAUUUAUUUUUAUCAUUAAUGUAUGGAGUCUAUCAUUUUUAGAUCAACAUGGGGUUCUCAUUUAUUUGUCCCUGAAGGUGUGAUUCACUACAUUACCCAUCAUGCUGGGAAAUAUAGUCCACCACAUCUGUGACUUACCUGGCCCACUAUACUACUAGCCUCAGCUUGAAUCUGAAGUCCCGCAACUGCUUUGGUACCCAAUGCACAUUUUCUCUUUACAGAGCUUCAAGUGAUUUGUGCUUUACAAUGCAAGUUUUUGACAUUAUUUUUCUUGUCUCCCAUAGGUAAAGAUGAGCCUUCAAGCUAUAUUUGCACAACAUGCAAGCAGCCAUUUAACAAUGCGUGGUUCCUGCUACAGCAUGCUCAAAACACACAUGGAUUUCGUAUCUACCUGGAAACAAGCCCGACAAACAGUUCGCUCACUCCACGCAUCACAAUCCCUCCACCUAUGGGACCGGAGACUGUUGCACCAUCCCCUUUGAUGAACUUCCUUGGAGACAGCAAUCCCUUUAACCUUUUACGAAUGACAGGACCCAUUCUGCGUGAACAUCCAGGCUUUGGUGAGGCACGGCUCCCUAACACACCGCCACUCUUCAGCCCACCCCCUCGCCACCAUUUGGACCCUCAUCGCCUUAGUGCCGAAGAAAUGGGGUUAGUCGCCCAGCAUCCCAGUGCCUUUGACAGAGUUAUGCGUUUAAACCCUCUGGCAAUUGAAUCUCCAGCUAUGGAUUUUUCCCGACGGCUACGAGAACUGGCAGGGAACAACUCCACUCCUCCUCCGGUGUCUCCCAAUCGCGGAAAUCCUAUGCAUCGCCUAUUAAAUCCUUUUCAGCCAAGUCCUAAAUCACCUUUUAUGAGCACGCCUCCUUUGCCACCUAUGCCCCCCAAUAGUACUACUCCACCACAGACACAGGCCAAGAGCAAGUCCUGUGAAUUCUGCGGUAAAACCUUCAAGUUUCAGAGCAAUCUUAUAGUUCAUCGCCGCAGUCACACAGGAGAAAAACCUUAUAAAUGUCAACUUUGUGAUCAUGCGUGUUCCCAAGCAAGCAAAUUAAAACGACACAUGAAAACACAUAUGCACAAAUCUGGUUCCAUGACUGGCAGGUCGGACGAUGGACUAUCUGCCACUAGCUCACCAGAACCAGGCACUAGUGAGUUGACAGGAGAAGGGGUGAAAUCAAAUGAGACUGAUUUUAGAAAUGAAAGUGACCGUUCUCUAGGCCACGAAAAUGAGGAAGAAGAGGAGGAAGAGGAAGAGGAGGAAGAGGAGCUUGAGAAUGAAAGUAGACCUGAAUCAAGCUUCAGUAUGGAUUCAGAAAUGAGUCGUAAUCGUGAAAAUGGCGCAAAGCAGCUCCAUGAAGAGAAGUCCAUGGUUCUUGGUAAAGUCAUGGAGAAUGUCAGCCUAGCUGGUAUGCAGCAGUACAAUGACAUGCUCAACGAGAAGCAAAAGAGGAGUCAUUUUAUAAAACGGUCUUCAGACCCAAGAGACCUUUGUCGGAGAAUGCAAGGUGAUGAAGAUGGAGUAGAGCGAGAAAUCAUCCGUAAUGAUGAAAGCACAGUGAAUGGAAGAAACUUUGGCUCAGGUGAACCUUUUCCAGGCUUACUCCCAAGAAAACCCAUGCCCAUCUCCGGUUCUGGCCUAAACAACUCAUCCAAAAGGAUAAAGAUAGAGAAAGAUUUGGACUUGCCACCAGCAACUAUAAUCCCUUCUGAAAACGUUUACUCUCAGUGGCUGGUAGGAUAUGCAGCUUCACGGCACUUCAUGAAGGAUCCAUUUCUAGGAUUCACAGACUCUCGACAAUCCCCUUUUGCAACUUCUUCUGAGCACUCUUCAGAAAAUGGAAGCCUGCGGUUCUCCACUCCACCAGGUGACAUGCUGGAUGGAGGUCUCUCAGGGCGGAGUGGCACAGCAAGUGGGGGCAGCACGCCUCAUAUCAGUGGACCAGGUCCUGGUCGACCUAGCUCGAAAGAAGGGAGGAGAAGUGACACAUGCGAAUUCUGUGGCAAAGUAUUUAAGAACUGCAGCAACCUCACAGUCCAUCGCCGGAGCCACACUGGAGAGCGACCUUACAAAUGUGAGCUCUGCAACUAUGCAUGUGCCCAGAGCAGCAAGCUGACGCGCCACAUGAAAACACAUGGCCAGUUAGGUAAGGAGGUCUACCGCUGUGACAUUUGCCAGAUGCCCUUCAGUGUUUACAGCACCCUGGAGAAACACAUGAAAAAAUGGCAUGGAGAACAUUUGCUGUCAAAUGACGUCAAAAUUGAGCAGGCAGAAAGAAGCUAAGGCCCCCUAUAUGGGUUAAAUCAGGGGUCUGGGUAUUCAUUUAAUUCGUACAGAUUUAACUAUUGCCAACUGAGAAAAGCUGACCUAACUUGCCUCCAUAAACAUAAUUUAGCAUAAAUAUGUUAGGUGUCGAAAAGCGGCACUUAAAUCCUUGUGUCUGCAAAGUUCUGUUGAACCUGAGGGUUGAAUAAGGCAGUAAACAUUGUGGAGCCUUUUAACUGUGCAAUAAUUUCUGUAUUUAUUGGGGUUUUAUUUGUAAUUUUGGCAUGUGCAGGUACUUUUUUUUUGCUGUUUAAAUUUAUUUUCUCAUUUUUUUUUAUCAAUUUUCUUAUUUUGUUUUAAUUUUUUUUUUUAAAUAUUUUUUACUUUUUUUUUGCUCAUCGUUGUUGAAAACUGCUCUUGUGCUGAAGGGGACAGCAACUUGUUAUCAAACAGCACAUGUUAUUCCCCUCCAGAACAAUACAAUUCCAAUGCCCCUUCCCCAGAGUAGCCUAAAAUUAUUUUCCUUAUAGGGGAUAAACAUAUCUUAAAUUAUCAUUUUGGGCUGCUACAUUUCUGGAAUUUAAGCUAAACAUGUAAUUUCUUGCAAAGAAGCCAUCAGCUAUGUUUUUAUUUUUAUAUAUUUUUUUUAUAUAUUUUACAUUUUAUUUUAUGAUUUUAUCUUGCCAUUCCUAAAAGAUGGGGGUCAGAGAGAGAAUUUACACAGCGGCUUAACAAUCGUUAAACAUUUUAGCACUUAAUUAUAUUGCGUGGUGUGAUUACAUGCAUCACAGUGAAGUAGCAACUUACAAUUUUUAAGAUUUUUUUCAAAAACAAAAAAUAUUUACAAUGCAUAAUGGGUGUAUUUUCUAUAAUUGGAAACGUUAAACAAUAGUUUGUUUAGCUUUCAUUAUGAAUAGGUUUCAGAUUUAAUUGUCUAGUAUCAAGAGAAAAAUAAAGAAAAUUUGCUGAGACAGUUAUGGAAAUGAGUAGAAAUAGGUAAAAGCUUUAGCAAAACAGAAUUCUUUUUAGCAAAUAACACCAUCUACACUGAGGUAGGUCAAGCAAAAACAAAAUGUGAAAUUUUAGCCCGUUUAUAGGUAUGAUAAAAAUUUAUUAAAAAAUCUACUGUCAGUUGGCAUUUUUCACAUGGAUGAAAAUUUGUCUUUUCAUCCAUUUAUAGACAUGAACUAUUUGUACACAUCCUAGCAUGUAAACAAUUCCUUACAGUUGCUGCUUUCAGUGCCAGAGUGCCCUUCAAAACUUUCAUGGGCAAUGGGUAGUUGGCCAGUCUGGCACAGAAAUUGUUAAUAGUGGCACUGUUGACCCUUUAAAGCUUUCAUUGCCAGAGGACAUGAACCACACAACGAUUCUUGCCAUCUGGCACAGAAAGAAUUGGUCCAGAAUUCACUUGCUGCAUUUUGUAGUUUGUGCAGUUCUGAAUGUCUAAAAGGGUCAUCACUGUUUUCCAAUGAAUACAUUUUGUUUUUGUAAUGUAGUUGCUGAUUUCAAGUACUGUGGAUAAUGGAUUGAAAAUGUUAUUUAUUUUAAAUAAUGAAAGUUUCCAUUAAUGACACCUGCUUUUAAGACCCUUUUCCCAUUUUUUUUCUUUUUCUUUGCGCGCACCAGGAGGACAGCAGAGAUCGAAAGGUUAUCCAUUUUAAUUAUGUUGACCGCACUUUAAAACUUGAGUUUUAUAUUUUCAAUGGCUUCUGAACAAGAAAUUAUAGCAUAUUCUCCUUGUCAACCUGAUGGUGGUUGAACUUUAUAAGGGAACACCUGAGAUUAAGUGUUAGUGUUGCUAAGCAUGGCAUUCACAAUGCUGACACUAUAAAAACAUAUAUAUAAUUUAUUGGACGGUUCGUCUACUGCCAUUCAAUUUGUAGCGAGUGCCUUGAAAACUGAUCUUCCUAUCUUAAGUCUCUCUUGAGACAAAAUGCAAAACAUUUUUGUGAAACAAACAAAAAAAAAGACUUAGAAAUAGUAAUACAAGAAAAAGUACAUUUCUUAAAAAAACAAAACAAAAGCCACAUUUUACUUAUAAAAAAAAAAAAAUCUGGUUGAAGAUAGAGGACACAGAAAUGCCAUAAGACCCAAUCACAUGAAGAUGUUUACCCAGCACAACCUUGAACAUUUUUUUUGAGCUGAAUUAUUGUCAGCUUUUUUUAUUUCAGGACAACGCUGCUUAGAAAACGGAAUGAAAAUUAUUUACUGCUGAACUGAACUGAAAAAACAGUUAUCGUUGAAUGGGAAAAAAAAAAACAAUUCAGGAACAACGGCUAUUUUUUUUCCAAACAUUAAAUUUAGUGCACUCUGUCUUAAAAUACGUUUACAGUAUUCAAUACUUAUAAGGGUUAAAAAAAUAAAAAAAAUAAUUGUGUGUAUGUGUGUUUGGACGAUAAUUUCUUUUUUCAAAGUUUGCUUAAUAGGUUAUAAAAUGCCAUCAAGGCCCCUGUGUAUAAUAAUGUUUUUAUUUGGUGAUGGGGUUUUAGUAUAUAUUAUAUAUAUUAAAAUUUCUUGAUUACUGUAAAAGUGGACCAGUAUUUGUAAUAAUAUAGAAUGACCUGGCAAUUUACAAAACCAGAAAAAAAAUCCUUGAAAAUGUUGCAGUAAAAUUUUAAUGGUGGGUCUAUAAAUCUGUUCUUGUCACUGUAAUUGUAAAGUCUGAGUUUUAGUAUUUUUUUUUUCUGCCUUGGGUGUUGAUUUUCUUUUUUUUUAUUAAAAAAAAAAAUGUAUAGAAUCUUGUAUUUGGGGAUUAAAAGGUGAACUGCUGCACCAUGUAGAAAAAAAGUUAAGUAGAAAAAAAAGUGCUUCAUAUUGUUUUUGCGUUGCAGAAAAAAAAAAAAAAAUCACAUUUCUGACCUGUGCUUAAUUUUCCCCCUCCCUUAUUCUUAUGGAAUGAAUAUUGAUUGGUUAAAAUGAUGUAGGCACUUGUUGUAUUUUUACUGGAGCUUGUAAUUUUUUAACCGUACGCUUGUCCUUUUAAAAGGAUUAAAUGUACUUUUUUUGUUAGUGAAUUUGAAAAAAAUAAAAUAAACACAAAAAACUAACGUGCUGCCAUAAUAUAUUUUUUUUUCAUUUGGCAGGAUAAAAUAUCGCAAAAAAAAUUAAUAAAAAAAUCAUUUGUUAUUUAAGUCCUACUGUACAGAAAAGAAAAAAAAAAGUUGUUUGACAACAUCUAGGCAAAUAAAACAACACAGAUUUCAUCAUUGUUUUAUUCACAGGUAAUUUUGGUUAUAAACGUUUUUUCCAGAAUUGGCCUACAAAAAAGUGCUGUUCCUACAGGGAUGUAAUAACCCGUUAGGUGCCCGGACCUUGUAUCAAGGCCUCAUUAAGUAUGGACUGAUUGGUACUCAUUACCCAUGUAAAAUAAAGAAGCUGUUUUUGUAUUAAAAAAAAAACAAAAACAAACAAGUAACAUUCCACUUGCUCAUUAAUAGUCCAGAACAAAAACCUCUUGUAGAGAGUGAAUUAUUCAUAGUUAUGCACCUCCGAAUCUGAGUGAUUUAUUCAUAGUACGGAAGUGACUGCAUUUUUUGCCCACGGUAGUCCAGGCACAAUCAUGCCAGCCCUGUUUGAACAGGACCAAGCUCUUGCCGGCCCAUGUAAUGUGUGCUUUGCUCUUUCUUUUUGUACAUUCCAUAAAUUCCUGAAUGUUUGAUGGGCUGAGAUGAAAUGUCAGCACGAUGGGUGAACAAACCUGAGAAAGUAUAAGUUGUCGUACAAACGAGUGCUGUUUGAAAUGACUAUCUUUGCCAUAUUAAUAGAGGCAGAAUAGCCCGUACAGGCUACUUUGCAUCCCCUAGGCAGCCAUGAGACCAAAUUUUCCCCGUAAUGAAAAGUCAUGUUUUACGAGAACUAUUCAUUUUGAAAAUGCAUUUUACCAGCAAAUUAAGCAACCACUUUAAUAUCCGCAAAUUUAACGCUGCGCUGCAAGCUUACAGCGCUCAAAAUGUGAACUACAUAACACAUUCAUGAAAUUACUAAUAAAAAAAAAUAAUCAAAGCACAAAGAUAUAUUGUAUAUGGUAAAUAAAAAAAUGGUUUCUGGGUAAAGCUACCCUUUUCCUGAACCAUACAAGCACAAUCUGACACACCCUAUGCGCCUUGCUGCAAAUUGCACUGGCGUUACCUGCUUAAAUGCUUAAGGAUAAUAGCGGUUUCCGCCCCAUGGUGUUUCAAAGAAUUUCAUCUCAGGCCAUAGUAAAAGACAGUCCAAAAUUUUAAUUUAAUUGCAGGUAGCCUCAUCUUUAUGGUGCUCUUUGUAUAUUAAAACUGCAAAAGCGAAAUUAUUGUCACUUAUGUUGUUUGCAUUUGUACGGCAAGGCGAAUAUUUUUAUUACCUUUUUCUAUUAUUGUAUGAGCUUUCGUUGUUUACUUGGAGGAAUUUUUUUUUUUUUUUUGUCUUUUACCACACGUUUGAAACUAUUUAUUAAUGCUUGGUAUUUUUGCGCUCUGUUUUAAAAAACGAGCAACUUUUUUUUUUUAUUUUUUAUUAUGGAUAAAAUGUUGAAAUGGCCAGAGGUCUUUUCAACAUGGCUUAGUGAAAUAUUUAUUGUUAUCUUAUUUCUCUGUAACAGAUUAUGACCUCUUUUUUUUCCUUUUACUGUCACACUGUUGAUUUCAGCAUGUGUCUGCCAUUUCAUUUGUACGCUAGUUCAAAACAAGGCUUGUUCCGGUUUUCAAGUAUAAAACAAAGAAACAAAAAAAAAAAAACAAAAAGAAAAAAAACAAACAAAAAAAUGAAAUAAAUAAAUUGGACUUUUAACUUGAUCUGAUUGAUUGUUCCUCAUUUCUUUGUUGAUAUCAGUGGAUUUGAAACAAAAAUCUGUUGUUUUUUUUGCACCUCUUUUCAUUGGCUAAUCACCAAUAAACUGUUCGGAAUACUGUGUCCUAAGGAUUAAAUAUUUUGUUGAACACCAUUUUAUGACUGACGAAAUUAAAAGCACAAUCAAACACCUACUUAUAUUGCUUAGGUUUUUGUAAUGAACGAUCCACGGCAGCCAAUGGAAAUGUCAACAUUUUGGGUGAUCACAUUACUUUUGUAUGUUUUAUGUUAUGUUUUAUAUUGUGG